CUUAGCCCAGUGGAACAGAUACACAGAAAUCUUAAUGUGAUCAAACUCUCAUCCUGGGAUUCAGCUGGGAUGGGAAUGCACAUCACAUGAAUCCUUCUACAACUGAUACAGUGUUAAUUGUUCUCUGAAUUCCAUCCCUGCAACAUUCCUUGCUUGCAGCCAGAUGUAUCAGUCACCUGCUGUCCCCCUGCCCUGCCUUGGGUGAAGCUGCUCUCCUGCAGACCACAUUCAGUAGGGGCUGGGAUGUGGGAGGCAAGUGCAGAGAAUUUAAUUAGACCUCAUGUGCUACUAUCCUCUGCUAUACUGACUGCAGCUCUCCCUGGCUGUCAUGAGAUUGUACUGAGGAAGAGGACUGCUGGAUCUUAUUCCUAAUACACAUUUUUUGUUUUGUCACAUCAUCCCCCCAUUCUGUGUCUAGAGGACAUCUCACCCAGGUGCCACAUUCCUUGCCUGUCUUGUUCUACACCAGGAUGGAGCCUUUAGACACAGAGCUCUGCUAUGCCCCGGACCACAGCAUUGUGCAACCUUCUUGCAACGGGCAGACCCUUCAAAGCCACCCAGACCAGGCUACCUAUAGGGGUCAGGAGGCACCCGGCACCCAGAUGGAUCAGGACCAGCAGAUGAAGAUCAGUGAAAGUGCCCAAUUCAGUGAUUUAGUGGAAAACAGAGGUGGGUGAGUUUCUGGAACUUAUUUACAGCAGAUUUAGAAGUAAAGACCCCCCAAAGACCCUCUAAAUAAAGCAGUGACCCAGGUUGUGUGUUUUAUGUAUUUAACUCUAAAUGUGCCAGGUGCUUCCACCCAUCCUUCCCAGGAUAAUAGUGUGGAGAGGACACUUUUGGGGUUGCAGAGGCUGUAGACUGCAACUACCAUCAUUCUCAGCCAGGGAUGGUAAUUACAGGCCACAGCCCCCUGAAGUGUCCUGGGCUUCUAACUGUACAAUUUAUGUGGGUUUCCAGCUGAAAGUGUGUUGCAGUAUUUAUAUAAUGUUACUGGACAGUUAUAAUAUACCUAGACACAGGAGAAGUCUGAUUUCUGGAUAUAUUUUGGAGAUGGGAAAGUGCAGGGGAUCUGUACAGACUCCCAGUUAAUAGGAUAUUGAUUGAUUAUUGUCAAUCAGAUGUCACUCUCUGGGGAAUAACACAUUACAGAAUAUAAAUGACUGCAGAGGGAGAGAAAAUAGAUAUUUCUUUGUUCAAUAAAAGGGAUAAAAACUUUUUUUUUGUAUUUUAGAUAAAACUUGGGUAUGAAAAUGCUAAGUUUCAGAGAGAGCCUGCUUGUGUUUUGACUUAUAGCCAUAUGAUUAUUUUUCCUUUUAUUUCUUCUAUGUAUCAGUGGGUGCCUGAGAUUGCUGGGAAUGGUUUUAGAGUGCAAGCUUUUACAAUUUAUAUUAUCUGAUCCCAUGGCAGACCGUGCGGUUCUGCAGUCAUAAUGAAUGUGUAGAUUAGAAGCCUGUCUCUGAAUGGUAACCUAACUCUGGGGCGCCUGUGCCAUUAAGAAGUGAUGCCCCCAUUGUUCUAACCCUGUCACAUGUGUCAGCCUGCUGCUGGGUACAGGGACAGGUGGAGAGCAUUUCAGACGCUUCAAGGGCGAGAUUAAUUAUUUAAAAGGAAGAGUCAGGUCUCUGAAAGCAAGAAAUCAAAGCACAGGCAUUAUAUCGACCCCAGACAAGUUAAUGGAGGAGUAACAAGACAUGGAUUGAACCUGGUGUUUAGCUAUACUUAGAUAGAAAGAUAGAAAGAUAGAGAAAGAGAGAGAGAGAGAGAGAGACUGAUAGAUAGAUGGAUAGACAGACAGACAGAUGGAUGGAUGGAUGGAUGGAUAGACAGACAGAUAGAUAGACAGACAGAUAGAUAGACAGACAAAUAGACAGAUUGAUAAAUAGACAGAUAGAGGAUAGAUUGAUAGAGCAAUAGAUAAAUAGAUUACAGAUAUAUUAUCGAUAUAUUUAUUAUUGUUAGAUAAAUUAUAGAUAGAUAUAUAGAUAGAUUAUAGAUAGAUAGAUAGAUAGAUAUAAUAUAAAUAGAUUAGAUAGACAGACAUAUAGAUUUAUGGAUAGAUAGAUAGACAGACAGACAGACAUAUUAAUAAAUGGACAGACAGAUUGCUAAAUAGAUUGAUUGAUAGAUAGAUAGAUACAUAGAUUACAUAUAUAUUAUUGAUAUAUUUAUUAUUGUUAGAUAGAUUAUAAAUAGAUAUUUAGAUAGAUAUAUGAUAGAUAGAAAUAAUAUAAAUAGAUUAGAUAGACAGACAGAUAGAUUUAUGGACAGAUAGAUAGUUAAUAGACAAAUAUAUUGAAAAAAGUAUUAUAGAUAUAUACACAGCAGACAGACAUUAUAUUUAACUAUAAAAAGUAGAUAGCAAAAUAGAUAUAUAAUUAUACAGACAGAAAGACAAACAUCUGUUAUAAAGAUAGGUAAAUAAAGAAAAAUAAACAAUAAGACAGAUUGAUUUUAGCGUAACUAAUCUAAAAUCUAUCUAUUUGUCCUUCUGUCUGUCUGUCUAUCUAUCUAUCCAUGUAUCUAUCUAUCUAUCUAUCUAUCUAUCUAUCCAUGUAUCUAUCUAUCUAUCUAUCUAUCUAUCUAUCCAUGUAUCUAUCAAUCUAUCUAUCUAUCUAUCUAUCUACCUCUAAUCUUCCUAUCAAUAAAUAUUAUUUUGCUGAGAAAUGUAGCAUUGCAUGUCCAAGUUACUCCAAAAUAAUAUUUUUGGACAUUUUGCUACAAUGUUCGCAUGAUCGAUAGGGGAAAUAUCACCCUGCCCACACUUGCAAAGAACCAUAUUAGCAUAAUGGAAUGUUAUCCAGAGAAAAUGGUCAUUUUGAUUAAUAAGGAUUAUAUAAAUAGAAAACGCAAGAGAACUCGAGGUCCGAAAUAUAAAUACCAUAUAUGGAUACAUAUAGAUAGACAGAUGGAUGACAGAAUACAAACAUGUCACCUCUGAUAUCUCAUUCAAUAAAAUCAAAUCUCUGUUCUGUACGCCGUGACGUAAACAGUUAAUCUUUCUACAAACAACAACACAAUUUUGAGAUGUUGAUUCUAACUGGUUGACUGAGACCUCCUUCCAGCCCAGGGAUUUAUUUUAGCUUUGACAAAGGAUUAAAAAUGGAGAACAAAGCAGAAUUAUGAGAACAUUCCUGCACCCAUCUCAAACACCAGCUGGUUAAUAAAAUAGAGGGACCUACAGCCAUACAUCCUGCUGUCACAUUGUCCCCUACACCGCACUCUGCGUGUUGCAAUAUACAUCUUCUGGGUAUAAAUAGGAUCAUGGAAACUCAGUAAUAGAAAGCGACAGACAUAGGCCCAGAUGGGUAGAGGGGGCGGCAAUCCUAAAUCUAUUUUAGGGAUUCUUCUGCUAUAAUUUAUAAACGUGCGUAAUUGAGAGAUCUGUUGGCCUGCUUUAGAGAAACAAAAUUAUUGUGCUUUGCCAAGGAAUAUGUGUUUGAUCACAAACCGGUAUGGCUGUUAUUAUGGCCAACACUAACUAUGGCAAGUAUCACUACAUAUCUGCUAUCGUAUUACCUCCCGGGAUGAACUGUUUAGCUGCUGGAUGCAUGUGCUGUGGCAUUGUGCCACAGUGUCACUGAAGGGUUAAAUAAAGAGACAGAGAGUUAACAAUUAAAUUGAAAUUUUUUUAGGCCAAAAUAAUUGAGUUGGAAAAAAUAUAUGUGCUGAAGGAUUUCCCAUGUUGACUACUAUAGCCUAAAAUGUUUAAUUUCCCUUGUUCUCAACUCACGGUUUAGUGCAGGGAUAGGCAACCGUUGGCACACCAGAUGUUGUGGACAACAUCCCCCAUAAUGCUCUUGCACCCAUAAUGCUGUCAAAGCAUCAUGGGAGGUGUAGUUCAAAAUAUCUGGAGUGCCAAAGGUUGCCUAUACCUGGUUUAGUGAAUACUUCUAAGGACCAUAGGACAGAAAUAGGCUAUUACAAUGUCACAGAAUAACAAAAAAUCAAACAGUAUUUAAAAAAAAAAAAAAAUUAUAAAAAAAAUUAAUACGGAAAUAAAAUGGCCAUUGCUGGUGAAGUAUAAUUGUGUCACUGGCUCAAAAGUCAAAAUUAGAAUCUACCUGUAUGGAUACAUGAAGUGCCUAUAGAAUUCUUAAAUCAUAUAACUUAAUAUAGCAGCUCCAUAACCCCCCCCCCAAAAAAAAAACACAUAUUUUUAUUUAAGAUUUUAUUGCCAGUGUUGAUGUAUUUAAUAUUUUCAAAAAUCACUUUAAUUUAUUCUCAGCCGAUGACAUUUCAAGACAUCCACAGUGAAAGAUGUUUGCCUUGCCUUGGUCCCCCAGCAGUUGAAGAGCUCGGAACUCGUAUAAUUCUCUAGCCAUUCCUGGCUUUAUUGCGUCUGCAUAAAAUUGAAAAAACAAACACUGCAUUUAUCAUAAAAUAAUACAUUUACAUACCAUAAAAGCACAGAGACUAAGCAACUCACGUUGGGGUAGAUUUUAUUUUUCCAACUCAGCAAUUUAUUUUUAUUUUUUAUUGCACUACAGUAAACCAUACACCACAAAGUACUGUUAAGUGAACAGACCGCCCUUAGUGAUAGAAAAAUAGUCUGUAUUUAUCGCGCUUUCUUUAAUGUACUUUAGAUUUAAAAUACAUGGAUAAAUGAUAGGUGAAGUCAAAUUUUAAUUAAAACAUGGAAAAGUAAAUAUUUUGAAGUAAUUGUUAGGAGAGAAAUAAAAACCCCUUAUAACAACGCGGUGUAAUAUGAAACCAUUAUUCCUGUUUACGGCAUAUAGCUCACUGCAGAUAUUUGAACAGAUAAUUGAACAGCGAGUUGGGAAGAGCUGAAAACUGACUUGAAAAUUCAAAUAUCAGAUUCAGAAUAAAUGUCCAGUUUUGCAAAUCUGGAGUAAUUUCUGAUUCUGAAAUUAAGGCCUAAACGAACUAUUUAACAUAAGUGAAGCUUGCUUCCUUUAUCUAUUUAAAAUUGCCCAAAGGUGAAUUAAUUUGUCCAGAGAAUUCCUUGUUUGUUGGAAGAUAUCCUGAUAACAUCUAAUCGCAGUCCUGCUAUGGUAUACUUUCUACAUUUGGUACUUUGUAUACUAAAUGCGCAAACUCAGUAGCAAUUACAUCAUUUAAUAACAACAUUGAAAAUCACACAGAACUUAUGUUAAUGUUUUUCAUGUGAUGAUUCCGUUUCUUUCAAAUUUAUAUUGAAAGACUAUUAAAGUCACCAUCUCAAUGAAGUGGUCUGGGUGCAGAUGUUCUGUAUCUCGAACCCCUUAAGGUAAAGCAUUAUUGUUUUGAAGAAAGGGCAAUGUUUACUUUGAAGGGUUAAACGCACCUCUAGUGAAAAUCAAAGGAAAAAAGGUUACCUGCGCUCUCUCCUUAAUCCCUAUGUAUAUUUAAACAAAUGGAGGUCAUUUAGUUACUCCAAUGGCCAGUGGAGGGAAUGCCCGUCUGCCCACGUCAAGGCAGACCCCCCUAGACGGGUCCUACUCUGACCCUUCAACUUGCUUCCUUGAGCUUCUGGCAAAGAUCUCUAAUGAGACAGAAAGGGGUAGUAGUGGUUGUUAUACUGACAGCCACUGGACUGCCCGAGUUAUAAUUAAUCACGUGGUGCUUGCGAAUCAGAUACCCAAAACAUAAUUUCAAAAAAUCCCAGAAAGUGAGAGUCCUCUUUAACAAGCAAACUAAUUAGGUUCUCUUGAAGAGUUCAGUGUUAAACAUAUGGCUGAGUUGGGCACCCAACCUUAACGGCGAUCAGACUUCUAUCUCAGCAAAUUUUAAAGAUGUCAAUCUUCUGAAACUAGCUCAUACUUUAGGAAAUUAUCCAGGUAGGUGUCCCAUUAUCUGUGCCUUGACUUGGUUGUAAUUUGGUGGCCUCCUUUCACACAUGUGUAAGUAUCUUGCAAAGUUGAUUUGUAGAAUUUAACUAAGGAAUGUUAAUGCCUGAUAUGUCGUAACAUAAAAGUUUAAGACUAUCAGUCUCGCUGUUUGCUUGUAUCACAUGUUAUGUAUUUUUUUUUUGUAGGUUUAUUAGAGAGCAGUACAAAGCUCAAGCCACAUGAAGCCCAAAGCUACAGGAAAAAAGCAUUAUGGAUAUCGUGGACCUCCAUCGUAAUCACGCUGGUCUUAGCAAUAGCGGCUUUCAGUAAGUAUCCCACAAUCUGUAUCACCUAGUAAAGUCUGUGCUUUCAUCCUAUAUUAUUAUUUUCCUUAAUAUUAUUGUUAUAUGAGUAAAAGCCUUAAUCUUGAAAUAUUUCCGAUAUACUGCAGAAACUAUGCUGCAAAACGCGCCAGACAUACCUAAACAACUGUAACAUAAAAUGCAUCAGGCAUGCGUGGACAUUUCUCUUGUCUAUUAGGUGCACUGACUAUACAUAUUGUAAAAAAAUAAAUAGGUUAUCAUUAAGCACCUGCUGUCACGGUUGGCGGUCCAGAGACUGGGGCCCCUGUAUGUCUGAUGAUGGUAGGAGUUACAGUGUGGAAAUGAACAAUCAGGGUCUGGUGCAGGGUAACCACACGCCCCCUGGUGUUGAGCACCAGGGUUUGUGCAGCAACAUACCAGGACCCUGAUGCAGCUUCUGCGGAUCCCAGGAGCUUGAUAUGCAGAUAUGCAUCCAGUACUAGAAACAAGGCAAGACUAGAAUAGGCACCAAUGGGUGGUCAUUUGUGGUGUAAGGGUUAAUGUGGAAGGAUACAUUUUAGCUGUUACUUGUUUUCAAGUCUGUCUUAGAGUAUAGAUUUAGUAAGUCUGGCAAGGAUAAAAGGAUGCGCUGACCUUCCUGGAAUCAAUACUGCACAUGCAGCACUAGCCGCAGUGCCAAUGCAUGGUGUUAUGCAAUGUUAUGCUCUUUUUCUGUGCGCUUAGAGAAGGGCAGAUUAUGCAUAAAUAAAACCAUUUUCUGUGCAAUAACUGUAACCUCUUCAUUUUACACCUCCUAGGCAGCCAGGGUUGUCGACUUAAAGGGACACUAUAGUCACUAGAACAACUACAGCUUAGUGUAGUUGUUCUGGUGUCACCUGCCUGUCCCUAAAGGCUUUUCAAUGUAAACACUGACUUUUCAGAGAAAAGGCAGUGUUUACAUUGCUGCUUAGUAACACCUUCAGUGGCAGACACUCAGAUGGCCACUAGAGGUGCUUCCUGGGUGCAGCACUGACGUUCACCUCUCCACGCUCUGCAUGGAGGUGCUGAACAUGCCCCUUAGAUAUGCAUUUAGUCAAUGCAUCUCUAUGAGGAGAUGCUGACUGGCACAUAGCGGCAUUUUCCCAAUGAAUGCACGAUAGCUUCAAGCAUUGGAUUGGCUGAGAUCAUCAGCUGUGACAGAACCCAUGCGGCACUGGGAAAAAGUUAUUAAAAUGAAUUCAAGGGGUCAAGGGGAUUUGGCUAUUUAGGCCUAUAGUGUCAGGAAUGCAUAUUUGUAUUCCUGCCACUAUAGUGUUCCUUUAAAUGUGAAUUGUCAGAAAUUUGUUUAAAGUGAACUCACAAUAGCCAAAGUAAAAACAAAGAUAACUGACAGAGGUUGUUUUUUUCAUAUCAGCAAUAUCCUAUAGUCUGUAAGCUCGUUUGAGCAGGGUCCUCUCCAACCUAUUGUUCCUGUAAGAUUUCUUGUAAUUGUAGUAUUUAUAGUUAAAUCCCCCUCUCAUAACAUUGUAAAGCGCUAUGGAAUCUGUUGGCGAUAUAUAAAUGGCAAUAAUAAUAAUAAUAAUGGGCUAACAUUUGAAAUUCACUUUGAAUUCCUGACAAUUUAUACUUUAAUAAAUAGCCCUGUUCAUGAUCUGUGAAAAUAAGGAAGAUUACGCUAGAAUUGUCUUAGAGUCUGAACACCAUAUUCACUGAAUGUAGUUAAGAGAUCAUUUAUUAAAGAAAUGUUGUAUGAAAAUCAAUAUGUUCCAUUUCCAACAACCUGUCCAGUUUGCAAAAUCUCUUAGAGACCACAGUUUAAGAAAUACAACUUUUCAUUCCUAAAAUCUGUAACAUUUGCAUAGGCCCAAAACAGAAUCAAUCCAGUUUGCGACAUCUGAAUGGUCUUUUGUUCGAUUUAACAGACUUUUAUCGCAAUGUAAUAAAAAAAGAGGCCGUAUAAGUUCUAUGUAUGGUUUGCAGAUGCAAUAACCUUUUUAAACAAAAGUAUAGAACCCUGUUUUGGGUAGUUUGUAAGAUAGGAUUCUAUUAAUACUUACUCAAAGAAAACUUAUCAUUGCUGAUGAAAGUAUUUCACAAUCCUGUAGCCAAAAAACUUGUGUGGAGGUAGUGGUUACUGUGUAGUGCGACCAACCUUCUUUACCAACCAAUUUCCCCCCAAUAAAACAUGAGACAUAUUUAUGGUAUAAAACAGGCCACAGCUUUAUUUAUAAAUUAACAAAUAUUAUUUUCAACCAACAAAUAACACUAUUAACCAUAUCAACAUGAUAUAUAUAUAUUUUAACCGCAGACUUGUCCUUUCCAAGCCAUUCCUUCACCAAAUCAAAGUACUCCUGGGCACCUGCCCUCCCCCCUUGUCCAAACACCACCUGACCUCCAACUUGGCCUCAACUUACCACCAUGCUAACCACUUGCCGACCUUUUGGCUCAGUGGGCACGUCCGAAUGUCCAAACAUUUACCAGAGGUUAGGGGAGGGACCAGACCCAACCUUCCUUCUUCCUCCUGUACUCUUCCUCCAACCCGGCUUGGCAAGGACCAAUCCCGCAAGCUGCGACAAGAGAAUAGAGUUAGUAACAUAUAACAGAACAUCAUCAAGGGAGGAAGCUGUUACCAAGCCGUUAUUUUAAGAUGGCUGAAGUCAGGAGGCAAAAUGACUGCCUAUUUAUAUAGUCCAGCCCCUUAACCAUUUCAAUUACCACUCCCCAUUUUACACCUACACUCACCACACCCAUAUGUGGAUAUUGUUAUUAAAAUAAAUAUUAAAAAAUAAAUAAAUUGCGUUUAUAUCGCAUGCCAGCAUGUCAAGGCACAAAGUGGCAUAUAAUGUAAAUAAAUUAAGGCCAUAAUAUAGUGUAUACAGGUCAGUGAAAAUGUAUGAGUCCUCAGGGAAGAAUUUGCAAGAGCCAAAAUGGCAGCAUAGAAUGAGGCGCUAGAACGCAUGUAUGUACGCGUAGACAAUAUGAAGAUGGUAGUGCCAUGAGAUGGAAGUGCUGCAGAGAUUUUGAAAAAAAAAUAUUUGCAAUCAAUAUAACUAGUAUGAGACAUAGAUUGAAUUAUAUUCCUACUGUAAAAGUAAAGGGGGAAGCGGGGAGAUUUAGAAAAGUUUAAUAACAAUCGAGGAUUUUGGUGUCAAUCCAAAGGUGAAAUAACGAAGUAAGCAUUACUGCUAGGGUUAUACUGUGAAAUCUGCAGCGUAGGAUAUGCAGGAAUUAAGUGCCAAUUCUCAAGAGGGAUUAUUCGAAUUUGCUUGAGUCUUCUCUGCAAAAUUUAGCAUACAUUACAGGAAGCAAUUUAUAUAAAGAGAAAGGCUGAGGAUUCUCAUUGUAUGGCGCGGUGUUAACAUAUUGUACAGACGGAGAAUGCUUUGCAUUAUAGGAACAAUACAUGAACAGGCCGCCAGUGUGACAAGGUGGGCUUAAGCUAGUUAUUGGACUGUGAAUGAAGGUUUUUCACUUUCAAUAUUAAAGUCUAGAAGGCAGAAAUGUUAUCUCGCUGGCGUAAAAGUGUGAAUAUAGGAAAAAGAAAUCGCUUUAGAUGUUUUUAUUAUACAAACAAAGGAACUAUAAAGAAAGAUUUUGUGUGCAAACCAAAGGUUAUUAGAAAGAAAAAUGUAAACGAAGUACAAUAACCACUACUGCGUACUGACUCCUCCUACUGUAAAUGUCAAAUCAUUUUAGAAUUCUGGAUUUCUGUAGGCUGUAGGGGAUGCAGGGCGCUGCGCCCAGCAUACCACAGAUAAAAAGACAAAGCAUUCUAAAGCAGUUUGAAAACUUACAUUUUGGGGCACCAGGACACUGUUGGCACCAUAAUCACUACAACACUCUGUAGUGGUUAUGGUGCUUGGAGUGUUCCUUUAAUCUCAAUAGUGGAUAAAUCUAAAUUUUAAUAAAUUUCAGAAAAUCUAUGCACAAACAGUUUGCAUUGCUACAUAGGCUCUAAUUUUAUAUAAGUAUAUGGCAGUGAUGGCUAACCUGGACCACAUUUCACAUGAUGCUCAGCUAGCUUUUAGACUCUAAAAGCUAAUUGAGCAUCAUGGGAAAUGUAGUCCAGAAACUAUUUAUGGUGUCAAGGUUAACCAUCACUGGUAUAAGGUAUACGUAGCAAAAUAUUAUCCGCAUUUAUUUAGAAAAGAUGCACAACAUUUUGAAAUAUAACAAAUAUAACUAAACAUCAAAGGAACACUAUAGUGUCAGGGAUCCGAUAAUCCUGAAAAGGUGAAUUUACUCACCUUUUCUCCCACGCCAUGCAGGUUUCACCAUAGCUGAACCCGCCUGGCUCCUUCUCCAUGGCUGCAAUCAUCAAUCUUGAUGAUCUCAGCCAAUCCACUGCUUUCCCAUAGAAAAGCCACAAUUAUCUUAAUUAGCAUUAAUUAGCUAGAGCUACUUUUGUUUUGAAAUCCGCUAAUAACCGUGUCCUCUUCCUUCUGUUUGUUGGAUCCUGUCUCUCAAUGGCUUAUCUGUUCUCUGGAUUGAAAUUCUUUACUUUGCUCUGAUAGGAUCUACACAUCACUUCAAUUUUAUAGGAAACUGCCACUUCAAAUUAAUACUGUGUUUACCUAUCCUAAUAUUUAACAAACAAGUAUUUGUGAGGCGUGAAAAAGAAAAUUUAAAUAUAUCAAUCCAUACUUCUUUAUCUUUCAAAUAGAUGCCUUAAUUUUAGCUCCCUGCCAAUCAUUGUUAUAAUCUCUGUCCUGUGCACCUGGAAAUCAGCACAUAGACAAAAAAAUGGAGUUCUGCGCAUCAAGUAGGUAGUGCACACCCAGGUGCUACUGCAGUUUAUUAGAGGACACAAUAUAAACAAACGUUUCGGGCAACAAGUCCUUCCUCGGUGCUAAUGUCCUACACAAUACAAGCAGUACAGACAAUAUAUACAAGUGAAAGAAAUGCAGCUCGGAUUUAACUGUUCAUUACUGUGUUCUUUAUUUUUGAUAAUCGGUGGGCAUCAUUGAUGCCUCUGCCUCAUCCUAUGCAUGGAAAUCAGCACAGAGAGAGAAAACAGAGAGGAGGACAAAUGAAACAAUGUUCCUCUUCUAUUGCUAUAUUUCCUCUGACUUUGCCUUGUCUGAACUGGAUUAUGUCAUGAUGUAAUUUCCUCAAUCCUUAAAGGGACACUAUAGUCACCAAAACAUCUUUAGCUUAAUGAAGCAGUUUUGGUGUACAUAUAAUGUCCAUGCAGUCUCACUGCUCCAUUCUCUGCCAUUUAGUAGUUAAAUCACUGUGUUUAUGCAGCCCUAGUCACACCUCCCUGCAUGUGACUUACACAGCCUUCCUAAACACUUCCUGUAAAGAGAGAUCUACGGUUUAUAUUUCCUUUAUUGUAAAAUCUGUUUAAUUUAGAAUGUCAUUGGGAAGUCUGUGAUUGGACAGACACAGAAAGUCUGUGCUGGGGAUGAAGGGGAGAGCUUACAAAGGCAGCAGUCAAGAGAUCUACAACUUUUGCAAGCUGCUUUUAGCUACACCCCCAAUAGGAACAUGCAUAAUUAAAUCCAUGUAUAUUUUUAUUGAGGGUAUAUGUACUAGAUAGUGAUUUCUAUUUAUUUUUGUAUUUGGACACUGGAGUGACUCUUUAACAUGGUAAAUAUUUAUACAACAGUGCUACAAUCAGUUAUCCAGAUUAGUUCACAAUGAAGGUUUAAUUAUGUUUAUAUCGUUUAUGUGCAGAAAUUGGAGUAAAAUUAUGUCUGUAUAGUUAAUUUACAGGAUUUGAGAAUGUGUGGGAGUUGUGAUUAAAUUAUUUUUCUAUAAUUUAUGUUCAGGAGUUGAGAUUAACAUAUGUUUGGAAAGUUCAUAUGCAGAAGUUCGGAUUAAAUUGUAUUUCUAUAGUUUAUUUGUGGAAAUUGAGAUUAACAUAUAUUUCUAUAGUUUUUUUUGCAGGAGUUGGGAAUAAAUUAAAUUUCUAUAGUUUAUUUGGAGAAAUUGGGAUUAAAUUGUAUUUCUAUCAUUUAUUCACGGAAGCUUAAUUAAUAUAUGUUUGGGUAGUUUAAGUGCGGGCGUUGGAGUGAAAUUCUGUUUGGAUAGUUUACGUUUGGGAUUCGGAGGAUGCAAUGUGUAAUAUAAUGGAUAUUAAUGAAUAUAUGUGGUUAUCGUGGAGAAUGUAUCGGAGUGAUGUAGAAUGUCACAUGAAACAGUGAGAUGAUUAUAUGGAUGUUAGGAUUAAACAAGAGAAAAUUGUGUGUUUAGUUUUAAUUACGCCAAGCCAGAUUAUGAAGAACUGUGUUUCCUGUCUAUCAACUCUGCUUUGAUGGGAAUCUAUUUGUAACGGUGACAUAGAAAAAAGAAACAACUAAAAUAAAUCAAUACAUGACAUUUUAUUUAUCUUCACGCUUCAUUGAUUAUUACAGAUUAGCUGAUUUUUAGUCAAGGAAUCUGUUGCAUGUUCAUGUGAUCGGUGGUCAUAGUUAACACAGGAUACACGCCAUAAGUUAUGGAGUGUUUAUUCAAUUUUAACAACCAUCACAAUAUAUAUUUAUUUUUACCAUUAAGCUUUUAUUGAAAAAUAAAAAUGUAGCACUCAGUUACGAGCACAAGUACCGUCUCAUGGUAUUCACAGUGUUCAAAUACACAGAAAUAGUAGGAUGUACAUCAUGUAUAUUAGAAUGCCAGGGAUACUAUAACCAUUGUAACAGAAAAAGUAUCUUGUAGGGUUACUAAGUGUGCGUAAUGGCAGACAAUGGUUAUCCACCGCUCAACAAGCUAAAUCAAUCUCCUUAGCCCUCAAAGGGGUUAAUGUAACAGUUUGGAGAGAGCUUGGGUAGAGCACACAGGAUACUAGAAAGAAGAAGAAAUAGCCAGAGGUAGAUGAUGCAAAGCCUGGUCAGAUAGAGGAAAAGAGAGUCAAUCACGUGGGAAUCAGUCGAGGGAAGGCCCAGACCAGGCAGAGUCCCACCACCAGUGGCUACGAAUGGCAACAACAAGGCUAGGGAAAGGAAUCAGUGUCCAGUUCGUUCCCUCCACCGGAAGCCACCGAAUCCAGUGAAACCACAUGUUACAUAGUUACAUAGCUGGAAAAAAAACUUGCGUCCAUCAAGUUCAGCCAAAUAAGGUUUACUCUAGACUUUUGAAAUUAACAUGCAUUACUGAAUAAUAUUUGUUGCUAAAGUCUAAAUAUUUUAAAUUAUGUUUGUUUCUUCUGCUUAAACAUUUGAUUGCCACGUCCAGUUCUAGGGGCUUUCUUAAAACUAACCAUCAACACACUGGACUGACACACUGACACACUGACACACUCCUAGCCCCACACAUCUUAAAUCAGAACCACAGUGUUAAAGAAUAUGCAGAUAAGUGGAGGGCGCCGUUGCAAUCAGGGUAAGAGUUCUAAAUUACCUUUGACCCUGUCUCCCUUUUUUUUUUUUUGACUAUUGAGUUAUUUAUUAAAGGGUUGCAGAGACGUUGAGAUGUACACUGUUAACCUGGAAAAAACAUGUGGAAUCUAUUCACUAAAUAUGGAAUAGCAGUAAACUGACAAUGAAUUAAACAUUUUAGUCCAUAAUAAACCGGCCUGCAAAACGGUCCAAAUACAGAAUUUUACCAGUCGCAGUAUUGUGGCUUAAGUUUUAUGUAUCAGAAGUUUUACAAAUCAAAGUUCAGUGAAUGGAAAAAAAAUACAUUGACAUCACUCUAAGGUAUAGGAAAUGGGUAGACAAUGUAGGCUAUUUGUUAAUGUACAAAUUUUAUCAUCACUUCUGGUUUAGUGAAUAAACCUUUCUUUUUUAUAAUAGUUGUUUUGCUCACUGACUCCUUAGCAUGCUGCAGAUGACACUGUGAUACAUUGAGCAUUCAGAAAAAAAAUCAGGAUACGGGACUCAGAAAAAGAUUCCCAACAUCUCAAUGGUCGGAGUACUUUAUCAAGGAGACAUUUAGUCUAUUCAGACGAUUCUAAGACGGAUUCUUCUCUGUAUCGCAUUUUGUAUGAGUCAGCUAGAAGACCGAAUGGCCAGAUAUUAUUGUGAUCUUAAUUUAAUAGAUGAGUGUAGCAAAGUCUGCGGGCACCAUGCUGUUUAAUCAUAAAAUAAAAGUGUCCCUGAAAUGAGACGUUGGUUUUCUUGUAUGCUGCAACAUCCUACGAAUGUGUCUUGUAUGAGGCUGUAGACAUGAAAGCUUUGUUAACGCAUGCUGAGCCUCAGACUCAACCAUCGAACCCUUUGUAUCAUCAAAGACAGCUUUUAUGAAACAUUGCGAUCCAGUUACCUUCAGAACUUAUUCUCAGCCAAUCAGAGGCAUUUAUUUGGGGAUAAAAGCUCUGCACAUUGACUUUUAAACUUACUUUUUGCUUCUAUUGCUAUUAAGUGUGAUGUGUCAAGGUAAAAUGCGUGCUAUUCUUGAGCAUUUUGCUAAAGGUUUAGAGAUUUUCCAUCUUCCAAGAAGCACUUUGCCUGUUUUAGUCUUAAUAAACAUCCCUCAGUGUAUUUAGCAAGGUUAGGAGGUGAAGUGUACAGUUCAAUAAGCCGGAUAGUAAAAAUUAGCAUUUAUCGUGUUCUAGAGAGCGAUCUCCCUCUAUGGUGCUAACAAACACGCACAUACCAGUAUCUGCUGCCAUGAUGCUACUAGAGCAGUGAUGGCUAACCUUGACACCAUAUAUUGUUUCUGGACUACAUUUCCCAUGAUGCUUUGCUAGUUUUUAGACUCUGAAAGCUAGCUGAGCAUCAUGGGAAAUGUAGUCCAGAAACAAUUUAUGGUGUCAAGGUUAGCCAUCACUGUACUAGAGGCACAGAUCUCUUGUUACGGGGGCACAGAUCUGUCUUACAUGCAAUUACAUACCUACUGCUCCCUCCAGUAGACCUCCGGGGGUUACUCCUACCUCUGAUGCUGCCAUUGAAUGAUACCUAAGUGGGGAGCAAUACUAGGCCAGUACUAGUCCAGGAUAAAAUUAAUUCAUAUGGGGCCUUGUUACUCCAUUGUGUACAAACUGGAAAAUGAUUGGCCCAGGCCACACUUUGUUUUCCAGGCUGUGUGUGCAUAUUACAGUCUGUUUGUGCCGCACACUCGGCGAUCACAGCUUAGUUUGCAGAGUCUCCUGAGAGUAGAUUGCUGAGUUUGCAUUGCUCAGCAGUAAAUAUUUCAUACUUGCGGGACUGGAGGAACGUGCAGUGACUCUGCCAACUAAUGAGCAGAUUACAGCCUUUUAAAGCCCCUUUUAUCUUCAUUUAGCCUGUCCAUUUUCCACACACUAUGCACUAAAGAGUUCAUAGAUAUCCCAGUAAACAGCGACUAAUCUCCCUGCUCAAUCUCAUUCUAUUUUUUGGCCUCGAGAGUCUGUUUGCUGUGAAUAUAAAUUGCUUGGAAGUCCAUAAAAUAAGUCUUCUGCGGCAUUAUGCGUGCCGUUAACCUUUUCAGCACUCUGCAAUGUGUAGAAAGAGGUGAUAACUAACUACUUUGCUAAUUUAGCCCUAAAUCUGAAAUCUAUCUCUCACGUCAGUAAAUAACCUUGUCACUGUACAAGGAUCAAUUGACAGAUUCCAGGGGUUGGUGGGUGGAUUUUUAGGGUGAUUGAGUAAAUUCUGAAGGUCUUGACCUGAAUUAAAGGAGCACUAUAGGGUCAGGAACACAAUCAUGUAUUCCUGACCCUAUAGGGUUAAAACCACCAUCUAGCCCCUCUGGUCCCCUCAUGCCUCCCUAAAAAUAGCAAAAUCUUACUUGUAUUCAAGUCUGGAGCUGCUAACUCUGGCUCUGUUUCCUUUAGACUUGCCCACUGCCUGCUGACAUCAGCCUGAUCCAAUCACAAUGCUUCUCCAUAGGAUUGGCUGAGACUAACAAAGAGGCAGGUUAGAGGCAGAGCGAUUGAACUGUAUGUAUGUAAUUUGAGCGCCAUCCGGUAGUAAUGGGCGUUUAGAUCUAAGCUAUCUGGAGAUAGGUAGAAUGUGUAUGUUCUAUGUGAUAAAUGUAACAGUAUGUAAUUUUAUGUCUUUUUAUUGUCCUUUGUCUGCUUUGUGGUUAAUGGAGUUUUGCCUCUGUCCUUGGAGAUAAUUGGAUUACUUCCCAAUUAUCUCCAGGACAGAGAGGAGGGAUUAUGAUGCAUUGUGGGAUUGUAAGCUUGUGAUUGGUCAAUGUCCAAUAUGUUUCCCAGUCUUACAUCUGGUCCCCCAGGGGAGUGUCCACCAGGUGGGAGACCUGCAUAAAAGCCGGGCAGGUAGCCUCAAUAAAUCAGUUUCUGCUUGAUCCUCAAACGAAGUGUCGUCUCGUUCUUGGGGGGAAUUGGAUUGUAUGCUGUUGCAGUGCGACUGCCAGUAGUGUAAGCUGUUGGUAUGGUUUUUCCUGUUCGGCUGUUUAACAGCAUUCGUGUGUUUCCUGUUCGUGAGUUGGAGGAUUCGUAUGGUUCCAGUUCGGGAGUUAGAGGAGUCGUGUAGUUUGCAGUUCGGGAGAUUGGUGAUUGCAGUAGCUGCCUGUGCAUCUGAAAGGAGAAUGUCGCCUAAACGGUUUUCAACCUCUUGUGUGCAAAACGGUCUGUUACACAGUUGAAAUUCCAUUUAGGUGCAGGAACAAUAGGAAUCCAUCUAGUUGUAGAAACAUGAAUUAAGCUGUAGGAGUCUGUCUGGAGAUUCAGAGCUCUCCGACAGGACCCUCUAUCACUUUAUAAAUUAGUAUCCACUUUUAUAAUGGCAUUCUCAUUUUUGAAGAUGUGGAAGGCCAGAUGGAUGAAUGGGUGGGCGGAUAAGUGGGUGGAAGGGGUGAGAGAUUAUUUUUCUUUUUUUCCAAUGUAUUUUUUUCUUGUCUUCCUAAAACACUUGAAGAUACAAAGUUGAUACGGUAGCUAGACUAUCAUGACUGGGGGAUCUACCCCCCAGUAUUAUUUUGCACUUUAAUAAUUUCUAUUACAGAGUGUACUUCAUUAUAUGUGUUUGCUUUGUUUAUGCAUCUUUACAUUAUGUUAAAGGGACAUUCUAGACACCAUAACCACUUCAGUUUAUUGAAAAGGUUACAGUGCCAGGAUAAUGCUGUAUAGCGUUGCAAUUUAAUUACUUAGAAAGUUAAAAAACAGGGUUUCAAGCUAGAUCUUGUAGCUUUGCCUACAAUCCCUGCAAGUUAGAGAGCUGUAAAAAAAGGCACUUUGUGGCUCCCAUACCAACUCGUACUAUUGAACUGGCAUAUUACUGCUGAAGUGAAGAGACAUGGGGAAAAUGCUUUGCGGUCCAAAACUUGUCCUUGCGAUGAUUGGUGUUGUGCACAACAGUGUGCAUCCAGCACCACUCAUCAAGGAGGCAAGCUGCACUUAGAACUUUAAGCGCUCACUCGCAUUUUGCACGCUGAGAGCCAGCCUAUAUUAUUCAUUCCCAGCUCACUAACUGACAGGGUUUAUAGGCUGAACUACCAUUUUUCAUUAAAAACCCUCUUUGGUAAUUUUGCUAAGGAACUGAAUUGUUUCACUUCAUGGACAUCAUCGUGCACCAUCACCACUUCAAUAAACUGAAGGGAUUAUAGUGUCUAGAGCGUCUCUUUAAUAAAGCAAACCACCCCCAAAAAAUAACAUUCAUUGGGCUAACUACCACUUCAUGUAAAACAGUAUCGGGCAGAUCAUACAAACUGUGCUAGUAUGAAUAUCUUAAUCGGUGUUUAGAAGCAUAGAAUUGUUCAAGGGGUAAAAAAACAUUGGAAAAAAAACAUUAGAAAAUGCUCUGCCUUCAGUUUCGUUUCUGCAGUUAUUUUUCUGAAUGAAAGAAAAUCCUGUCUAUUUAUGGGAAAGCGACAGUUGAUAUUCCGACACAUUGCUUAACUUAGUGUUCUGAUAAGUAAUUGUAACUUAGUAUUCUUACACAUAGCUGCAACUUGCUAUUCUAACGCAUGGAAAAAAAACGACACGUAGACGUAAACCAAGAUUAUCAUGUGUAGCUUUAACUCACUCUUCUGACACAUGGGUUGAAAUUGUCAUUCUGACACAGCUCUAACUCUCAAUUCUGUGUGUAAGUUUAGUUCAGAUCCUGGUUCCUGACAAAUAGCGGUGUUCUGCUAUUUCGGACACAGAAUCGAGUCGGUAUUCCAAAAAAUAUUUUAACUCUGUGAGAGUUAUUUUGCAAACUGUGAAUUUUCAUUGAAUUCAAAUUGAAUGUCAAAUCUUAGAUCAUAAUAGCCAAAAUUUUGCCAAACUAGCUAUUUUAGCCUUAAAAUUUCAAAUUUACUUUAGGAAUUAAUCCCAAAACUCACAAAAAUCACAAAAUUGGUGAUCAGUGAAAUUGCCAAGGUGUGAGAAUUUAUACAGAGUGGAUAAUGUUGCUUCAAUUUCUGUUAGAUUGUCUGUCUGUCUGUCUGUCUAUCUGUCUAUCUAUCCAAUUUAUUGUUUUGCAUUGUAUCUUAAAAUUAAGCUGUCCUUCAUUCUGACAAGAUGGAUACAAAAUAUCAGAGCUUUGUGAUCCCCGUGGACCUGUGGUCUCAUUAUAGAGCCAUAUAGUGUCUCUUGUGAUGCUGCAAGGGAUAAUAUUAUAUUCUGGCCAAUAAAUCAAGUCGGAAUCCAAUAAAAAGAUUGUGAGGGAUGUGAGAGAAAUCAAAUUACUGAGGACUUUGGUAUUUCAUCAGGUUGGGAGAUGGCAGACAUUGUUUAUCUCGGCUGAUAGUUACCAGAAUUGUGCUAAUAACUCUUUUUGGUUAACCCUCUCAUUCCUCCAUCACAGAGUAUUGUAGAGCACGGCUGGGAUAGGCCUUUAUGUUUUAACUACAUCCACUAUUGUAUCUGCAGAUGCUGAUAGUUGGUCUGUUUUCAUAUCACCACAUCACGGAGUCCCUCAAAAUACCAUGAGGUGGUGAACUAAAUGCAGAUAUAGAAUAUUAUUCUGUACAGGAACUGCUUAUUUCAACCUGGUGGAGCUGUGUGAUGUUAGUAAAGUUAGACUGGACCGAUUUCCUCUUUAUAGAGGAAAUAAAUCUGAAUACAAAAUGCAGAUAAAUGUCACAAGGCUUCUAAAAAAAUGGAUGGCGCUAUACAGUAAUAGAUGUAUUUGGUAGGUAUUUUGGGACCAUCUUUAUGCUUUGCACUGACACAAUGUUUCGACUAGAUGGAAGAGCAAUUGCCCUGUCUGCCUGUCCCCUAAUAAACUCAUCAAUAACGAGAUGACGUAUGUAUUAUCUUUCACUCUGAACCAGUUUGCAGAGGCAAAGUUGCGAUCACAGCUAAAUUCACAACUUAUUCGUGUUACAUUAUAAAAGUCUCACUGUAUAUUUUAAGCCAUUUAAAAAAAAAAAUGUUAUGAUGUGAAUCCAAUUCUCACAAUUUUAUUUUACUUUUACAUUCCCAGAAAGUGUGUAAGGAAAAUAAGGGUAAAAUAUACUUUAGAUGAUUCUAUUCAGUCAUUUGACUGGUAGCUACUAGUCUAACCAGAAAAACUGUUACACCUAUGGAAUUGUAGAUAUGAGUAUCUCUAUUUUAUGUUAGCUUUUUAUUCUUUGUGUAAGUAUCAAUGUAAUGUAGUAACACUGCAGGUCAACCCAUCCUGGUGGUUACUUUACGUAAAAUUGUAUUGAGUAGACGUAGGGUGAUGUAAUAUUGGAAAUAUAAUGAAAUUAGGCAAAAAGGAUACAGAAUCCCACUAGAUAAUUUUUUUUUCUUUUUGGUGAAAACCAAUCCUGGAGACGAAGGAAUGUAAGUGAAGCUUUGCUGUGAGUUACAAGCCAAAAGGUAGCACAAAUGUACAUAUUAUUGGGAAGGAAAGGGAUAAAACCAAUCAUAGUAACAAUUCAAGCAGAAAAUGUGAUUUGUAAAGGUAAGUACCACCUUAAAAAGUCCCUAUGCACUAUAAUAAUGCCUAUUUUAGUCGCUAAACACAAGAAAACAAAUAGUGAUAUCAUUAACAGUGCAGUUCAACACAGGACUGAUUGCCUUGCUGCUUCUAACCCAUUAAUAUUUCUUUCACCAAAAUAAGACGUACUCUGAAUUGCAACAUAAAUGCCAGAUUGUAAAAGUGUUCUGUAAUAAAAUAUAUUUUUCAUGAACCAUCUAUAUGUGUGCUAUGGAUCUGAAAUGGUUGUUUAAUAUCUAUUGAUGUGCUUAAAUGUGUGUUUUGUGAUAUCUUCGCCCCACUUGCCAUUGAUCACGCCCAAUUUGUUUGAUUGCUUUUUGCAUGUAUAUUAAACUAAAAUAAUUUUUUUUUUUUUAAAAAGGUAGCGCAACCAGUUGGUAACAUGUAGUUAACUAUUACAUUGGACUAAAAUUUUAUGAAGUGACAGUACAGCUUUAAUAUUAAAGGAACUGUAACCCUAAACCCAAUCCUAAUUUUGAAAUAUAAUUCUCAGGGUUUGCUAUAAUGUCUACAGAACCCCUAUAGGAAAAUAUUUGCCUGUAAUAUUUAUUUUACCAUUAUGUAUCUGCCCUUUCUGUCUCCGUCCCAAAUCUGUUGGCCUUUUUUUUCUGCCAAUAACUUGGUUGUUAAGAAGUAGUGAAGGGGGUUAAACUAGUUUGAAUCUAGUUUACUGCAAAAAUACCAAAAUAUCAGAUAGUCAGUUACUGAGCAAUUCCGAGGCUAAAGUAUAUUCUUAAUCUGAAAUUGAAUAUGUUGCCGAUGUUACAAUUCUGAAUCACAAACAGCCUUUUUUACCCUGAAGCUUGAUAUUCCUAUUUUGCCAGAGGCUAAAGUGCUCGCUGUCGUCAGAAUGAAAUAUUAUGUCAUACAUACUGCAUGCUCUGCGUUCCACCGCACCUGUAUUUUACUGGGACUGUGACUUCUAUAAAACCAUCAUAGACAAUUUCAUAUGCAGAGACAGAAGUACAUUUUGCAUUACACACAAAGGAGUGUAUUGCCAAUCUUCCUGACUUAUGUACGUAUAGGAUUUGUGGUAUUGCAGGCAAUUGAAGGAUGUGAAUUUCUACCGAGUUGAUUGUUCUGAAAUUAUAUUUUAUUGAGAGGUCUUAAAACAGGGAGGGCUUGUUCAUACAUGAUCUGCUAUGUAUGAAGUCAUAUUGCUGCUCCAUUUAUAUGUAACAGUACAUGCCAGGAAGAGAUAUGCACAACCGGGAUCUUAUGCGUACAUGUGUACACAUGCACGCAGGCACUUUGACGCACACACACUCACAUGCAUGCACGCACUCACCAAAACAUAGACACUGUAUCGUUAUACACAUACUGUACAUACACAGAAACACUAGAGUGAUAAAGUGUUAUUUUAAUGAGGAAUCUCAUAUACAAUAGCAAUAAAUCAGAAUGUACAUUGAUUGUAACAUUCACAUAGGGCAUAAUCAGAGGUAACAUUGUAUUUUGUUGUGUGCGUCCCUUUAUGUUACAGUAUAUUUGGUGAUGAAUUUGGCAUCCUCUGUAUUCCGAUGGAAUAGCCUUACUUUCCUUGCAGAGGGUGUCAGGGGAUUCCUGAUCCUUUAAAUCUCUCUCUAGUUUCCAUAGCAAUGCCAUGGAGACACAAAGAAUGCACUGUACGCAGGUACCAAAUAAGGAAUGGACUGGAAUCUGGAAUCGGACUUAGGAUGGCAAAGCUACUCAAUCAUUAUUAAAAUAUACAUUGACUACAGGGCAAAACAAUCUUUCUCAGACCGUACGCCAAUUCACACUUAAUUAAUGUGAUUUAUUUCCUAAACGCCAACACUGCGCAGCUUUAGAUGAAGGCGGGGAGAUAGAAAGGACGAAGAUUUGCAGAAUCAAAAAAUGAAUUAACUAGAUAGAAAGAGACUGUUGAAGGAACGCUGUUCUAGACUGUGCUAUGUCUUCAAUUAGAAAAAACAUAACCAUUCUUUGCUGAAUAAUCACCUUGUGCCAUGAUGUAAAAUGUAGAAUUUUGACUGAUGUAAAGAUGAGGUAGGGAAGUAUUUCAUGUCCGGUUAUCAAACGAUGCAACUGAAGAGGGUGGGGUUUGGGUGCGCUGACUGACAAGGUUCACUGGCUAGACAGCUAGCUACCUCCUGCUUAUUGCUGCGGAAAAGAGGUACAAAAAGAGUGAGCCCACACGUCGUCACACUGACAAGGUUAUUCACUAACAUGAGAAUUCAAAGUGAAUUACAGAUGAAUUACAAAUCUAAGGUUAAAAUAGUUGAACUAUGGAAAUAUUUGCAAAGUCACUAUACUUUCAGUUCGGCCUUGAAUGUGAAAUCCACUUUGAAUUGUCACUUUGUUAAAUAAGCUCUGUGAAUGUUCAGUUCAUUCCUAAUAUAGAAAGAACUGGAUCCCACUCAGUGUAAACAGCGUUGGCCUUACUAAGAAGAGAGAGGUUUUAGCCAAUGGGGAAACGUACCUUUCUCCACUUCAAGAGUAUUUCAUCCAAUGUGCCAUUAAUCAUGGCUUCUGAAUCCCAGACUGAGCUCAAGCCGGGUCGCACCUUGAAGAUUAGUCUUUUCUCAUUUAUUAAUGAAGUUUGAAGAUGGGAACUUAUACAAGUGUGAGAAAAUGUUUUAGAGAUUUUUGAGAGUUCCUCUCAUUGGUAGCAUAGUAUAUGUAACAGCUGUGUAGUAGCUCCACCAUACAGGACCUGUUUAUUGUAAGGACUGAAACCAAACUUUAACAAAAACCUCACUCCCUUCAUGGAUGAGAAAUGCUGUGCUCUUGAGAAAGGCAGUAUUUUUGUCAGUUUUGUUAGUAUUUUUUCAGUUAUGCUUAAUUUGUGUAACUCUUAUAAGGAAAAUAUUAAACUUAUUGCAACUGCGUAUCAAAAAAGCAUGUCGUAAAUUCUUGUUAGUAUGUGGAUUUUCACUCCCGUGUUCCAGAUUAGAUACAGUCUAGUGCAUAGAUCAUUUUAGGAUUCAGUUCUCGGGCUUUAAUUACAUUACGAUUUCUGACUAAUUAAAAUAAAUGAGAAAUCUCUGUUUGACUUAAUUUGAAUUAAUUUAGCCACAGUCUGUCCUUGCUACUGAAACGGAUAAAAGGGUAACCCAAAUCUAUGGCAAAUCCAGAAGACAAUUACAGUUACUCAUAAAGAGUUUUCUGGGGCAAAGUUCUAAAAUGGAGCAAUCAGCAGGGACAUUCCAUUUUUUAAUGACUUUUUUAUAUUCAUCUAAUAAGUUUGAAAAAACAACCUCUCUAUACAGGAAAUGUCAUGUUUAUUGUUUUACUACAAACAAACCUUUUCUCUGCUGUAAGAGAAAUCUUCUUUCUUCAAGUCUCGUCGGAUGACUGCUUGCCCUUUGUACAGUCCUGUUAAUGAACAGGUCACAAAAGAGCUGUUUUUCCAGGUUUCUGUGUAUAUUUUAAGAAUGAUGGGAGUUGUUGGCUACCUGAUCUCUAAACCUAACUUUGGUUAUAUUCAGUUCUUGACGGGUUUCCUUUUAUCAUACUUCCCAACAUUGGCAGUCCCAGAAUCAGGAUGCUGGUUGCAGGGGAGUAAGGAGGCAGGCCAGUGACGCCUGCACGGAAAUGGGGACUGAUCGGCUUGGAAAGGGGGCUUGUCCGCUAACAUUACUGAUUACACAUCCGACUGCCCGCCAGUGAUUUUAGCCAGCCCACUGGGGGCUGACCCUGUAGAGAGCACUGUCGACAUUGCGACAUUUGGGGACAGUACCAAAUCAGGAUGGUUUAAAGGACUGUCUCACCAUUUUCUCAUCAAUCCAAUUUUGAGUCUAAAUAAAUUUGAACAGGAGAGCGCAAAUGUAGUAACUUAAAAUUCCUUACAAUAAUAAUGUAAUCUAGCAGCUAUUCACAAAUAAAGUUCCUUAAAAAUCUUUAUCUAAAUAUGGACCAAUUUUGAGUCUACUUGCAAGAUUUAUUACACAUAAUAUUAUUUCUGUUGUAUACAGUAGAAAUAUAGUGUAUAACUUGAAUUUUCAAGCUUGUCUUUGCCCUGGAUUUUGUUUUUAUUACACAUUUUUCUGAUUUGCAUGCUUAUAACAGAUGCCCUUCAAUGACAAUAAAGUAGAUUGCAUCUCUUUCAGGUGUGGAAAGAGUUAAAUGUAUUCCUGGGAUUCUAUAACUGACACAAAGUCAAUAUAAGGAUGCCUUAAUUCCAUGUCUAAAAUGAACCCCUUCAGGAAUAAUGACAUGGCUGGACUGUCAUGGUGAUGGUUUAGCCAAUCUUCAAAGGAUUAAAUAUUGAAAAAUACAUUCUUUUCAUUACUGUCAAGCAAAGACCCCCAACUGAGGGUCAAAACAUGUCAGAUCUACCGGUUUGAUGGCAGGAUAUUCCCUAAACACCGAACUGUAACAAAAUGAAAACCGAAUCAAGACAUUUAUGCAAAAAAUAUUCAACUAAACUACGGUCAUUUUAUCCCAAGUGUUGUCAUUUGGUCUUAAAUUCGCUACAAUUUGGUGACUUGAAUUGAAUGAAUCCGUUUUGUAAAAAGGAUUUUUUUCCCUGUAAUUUUUCUGUUAAUUGUAUUAAAAAACAGGAAACCUGGACUGUAACUCAUGUUCAUUUAACCCCUUAAGGACACAUGACAUGUGUGACAUGUCAUGAUUCCCUUUUAUUCCAGAAGUUUGGUCCUUAAGGGGUUAAGCUAGAUUUUAUUGCUUUGUAUGGAAUUCCACACAUUGCAGCUGACAUAAUCUAAAAUCACUACUCUGAAUAGCGUAAAGCGCUGCAGAUAGUGUUGGCGUUUCUUAAGUUAAAAAAGAAUAAUGGGCAAUAAAGUGUGAGCCCUUCUGCCAACAGCGAGGCAAACCUCUUAGGUGAGUCGUACUCUAACAAUUUACCUUGCUGCUUUCAACUAAAUGGCAAAAGUCUACCAUGGACCCCAGUGUGUUCCCUGCUUAAAUACAUUUGUUUUUAUCGAUUAAUAACAAAUAGCCACUUGUGUCUCAUUAGAAAUUUUGCAUUGUAGCUAAAAAGCAUCGAGAGUAACUGUAAGUGAUGGACUCAAAAAGAUCUUCACUUUGAUAUUGACAGGUGAGCUUACACCUUUUUUGGAUAAUUGGGAUAGUUGCAGGUAACUAACUUGGUUUUCUUUUAUUCAUACAUUUAGUCUGAUGAAUACUAUAGCUAUUACUGUCACCCCAGUGUAGUGGGAGUUUUAGCUCUGGGGUAAUUUAUGAUACGGAUUGGGGACCAAUAGUGGAAUUUAGUAUCAGGCUAUCGAUGGCUGAAUAUUUUGGUGGCAUCAUGAAGGGCUUCCACUCUGUGAUUUUAAGUCCUCUGCCUCCCCCUGCUCCCCAAUACAUGCUAUAGUGUAAGAUGUGUGAGAUGCCUGAGUGAUAACUGGAGAUCUGUUACAAGAAUACUGGGAGAACGCUCUCUCAAAAAACCAACCACCAGCCUUCCCCAAGUCCCCAUUGCUUCUAUUUAUUGGUAGAAAUCAGUCAGUGAUGGAACAAUAGCAAAAGCAAUAUUUAUUAACCAAUGUGGAUAUUGAUAUAUGUGCAUUUCUGAGCACAAUACACGGUAGUACGCAUACCUUCUGGUUUCUGGAUAUUUACAGUGGUCUCCAUUAUACCCCAUAGUUAAUCCAUUUAGCCUUAGUCUCAGCAUUAUAGUGUGAAAGUUCUUUUCCUGCUGUUACUUUGUUUCCUGUAGCCAUGUAUAACUGUGCACGAGGGGAGAUCUAAUCUAUUCUUCACACUAGAUCACAUGACACUAGAUCACAUGACACUGGAUCACACAACAUUGGAUCACAUGGGAAAAUGUUUGCCUCUGAAUUUACAACUUUGGCCAGUCUUCUUAGAACCCAUAAAUAGUUACUUCAAUGUCUGUGCUACGUCAGUGCAUACAUAUUGGUGAACUUGCUGCUUAGCUCCACGCAACGCAAUCUGUGCCAGUGAUCAGUUAGAAUGCAGGCAGCAUGCUAUAUGAUUUUUUUUUACUCUCAUAGUAGAAUUCUCUGCGCAUGCAUAUAUAAUAUGCGCAGUACAUAUACAGUAUAAACAAAGAUCCAAAGCUGGUUGUGUCAUUGGAGAUCUGAGCCAGACGUGGCUUUUUCAAAGGAUGACAUUGUCUUAAGUUGUUAAUUUUUUUGCAUAUAGUAAAACGGAAGUGUACAGCUAUAGCUUACAAAAUUAAUCCAGCUUUGUGCAACAGAGGAGAACACGUUAAGGGAUUAUUUCCACUUGGUAUUACAAGUGCAGAUAUGAAUGUUGAAAGGACAGUAUGUAUUCUAAUCCGAUUUAAUGAGAAUCUUUUAGAUAUAUCACUCAGUGGAUUUAAAUAGCUAAUUAACUCAGCCGUGUCUCAGUUGGAAAUUUAAAUGAAAAGAUGAUGAUAAUAUUUUCCAGAACAAGAAUACUAUUUUCUAUAUAAUUGACACAUUUUAUUGACUCAUAUUUUUAGUAAACAUUUCCUUAUUUUAAUACAUUAUAGUAUUUGGCACAUUGGCCUACCAUAUUUUAAAAAAAUAUGUAAUUUUUGCUGAACUGUUUUAACAGUUACAGUAAAAAUAAGUAAAAUGGUAUAAAACAUUCAUUUUUGGGAUUAUUUUGUCGAAUUAUUUAUUCAGUUGGUUACUAUGUCACCUUUCAUUUCUCCUUGAGGGUAACUUCUACAUGACAGGAAGAAAAUGAAAAGAACAGAAAUUUAAGCAAAGUGUAUAUAAUAUAUAUUUAUCUAUUUUUUUUCCCACAUAAUAUAAAAUAAAGCACCCAAUUUAUGCAGAAACACACAUGUAUUUGAAAAAAAACACAGACUUCCAAUAGCGUAUUUUAAAAUGUAUUUGUGCCUUUAUAACUUUAGUAACACUGUGACAGUAUGUGUGUGUUUGUGUGCUUUUUAUAAUUCAGCACCAUGGACAGUGGCUGACCAACAAAUCUCUUUACAUAUUUAUAUCAUAAUGUUUAACCUGGAAACGCAUGUUUAGUUGAUCUUCUAUAUAUAAGUACAUCAUAAAAUCGAUGAGUUUUAAUACAAAACUUAACAAUACUCAUUUUAUUGACCUCGGAAGCAUAAACCCAUGACUUCUAGCGGGAUAUCUUUUACAGAAACAAAAGGUGGGAAUAAUUAUUUACUAAAUUGGCAUUUGUUGGCAAUUCCUCGGGAAUGGCUAAUUCUUAAUGUCAAAUAGCUGGACAGGGGGACUUACAUUUUUUUCCUGUUUAGACUGUUCUUGCCCAAAAUUUGCAAUUUCCCUGUGAAUUCACAAGAAUUUACAAUUUAGUGAAUACCCUUAAUACAUUUUAAAAUACAUUUACAUGUUUCUCAUGGACAUUUGGCAGCAGUGGUCCAUAACCUGUGUAAUAGAUCUAGAUGUUCAACCUUCAUUUAUGAAAAUAAAUGAGGAAAAAAUUACAAUUUACUUUAGAUAGUUUUAUCUUGAACUGUUGUCAUUAUUUUAUUAUAUAAAAACCCUGACGUCACUUUAAAGGACCACUAUAGUACCAUGAAAAUGAAAUUGUUUUCCUGGCACUAUAGGGUCUUUAGGUUCCCCCAACAUCAGGGUCCCACUCCUGCUGGGCUCAUGGGAGCUGAAGGGGUUAAACACUUACCUUUCUCCAGCGCUGGGGAACUCUCCUCCUCCUUCCGACGUCAGUGCUGAAUGCGCAUGCGCGGUAAGAGCUGCGCAAGCAUUCAAACAGUCCAUAGGAAAGCAUUUUUAAAUGUUUCCAAUUGACGUCCAGCAUUUCUCAAUGCUUUCCUAUGGACGGAAGUGCCUCUAGCGGCUGUCAAUGAGGCAGCCACUAGAGGCUGGAUUAACCCAAGUGUGAAUAUAGCAGUUUCUUUGAAACUGCUAUGUUUACAGCUGCAGGGUUAACACUAGGUGGACCUGGCAACCAGACCACUUCAUUGAGCUGCAGUGGUCUGGGUGCCUAUAGUGGUCCUUUAAGUUGGUAAAGACCCAUUCAGCUUCCUCCAAAGGGAAAUAAUUAUGAAAUGAGUACAUUCAAUUUUCCAUAUGACAAGUAAUAAGAUGGAUGUAUUAUUAUGGGAUUCAUUUACUGCAGACUGAAUGCACUCCAGAUUAUCAAAAUCAGGUGAUAAUUUGGAUUUACUCCAGAUUCUCAGUUCUGAUAUUUACUAAAGUCCAAUGCAAAUCCAUUGCUUAGGAUUCACAUGGAGUAUUAUCUAAAUAGUUAUUCAAUUCAUAAAAUCUACAGGCCAAAUUUAGUCAUCCCUGUACUAACUAGUGUCAUAAAGACUCUCUGGGCAUGAUGGGAAAUGUAUCUUUAAGAUGCGAUUGUUUAUUAUCACCAAGGCAGAAAGUUGCGGUGAUACCCACUGUACACCUGAAAGGCUAAGUCAGCAUUCUGCCACAUUCUAUGACAUCUCAAUCUGAUUAAUCGUUAAUACUUUUUUCACUGGUUUUCCUGACAUUUACUCAGAGCUAUUGCAAUGCAAGCACUUAAACUCAUCCAUUGCACUGACAGCUGAAAAAUGGCAUUGUAUUUCCAGAGUUUGGCAAGCAGGUAUUAAUCUCGCCCCUGUAAAAGGUCAUACGCAAUAUUGAUAUCCAAUGUACUCAGCCACAGGGAUGCAUCGCUUACACACUGCAGUGGAGCAGAUUAAACUGGUGGUAAAGGAUGCACAGUGCCCGUCUUUAAACACUGCUUUGUAAGAUACAUCUAUAUUAGAGAUGAGUGGACACCUGGAUGUUCGGGUUCGCCAGGUUCAGCUGAACUUCGGCAAAAAGUUCAAGUUCGGGACUCAAACUUGACCCGAUCUUGACCCCGAACCCAAUUGAAGUCAAUGGAGACCCGAACUUUUGGGCACUAAAAUGGCUCUUAAAAAGCCAUGGAAAGGGCUAUAGGGCUGCAAAAGGAAGUAAAAUGUAUUGCCUAAGUACUAAAAUACUUAUCCAGUGGAAGAAGAAGAAUGUUACACUGUAUACGAAUUUAAAUAAAAAGUAUACAAACGUAGCCAGGAUUCAGCUGUAAGCAUUUGCAACACUUACAACAAUCAAGUAACACAUUCAUAUAAAAUGUAAGUUACUUGGCCAGUCAAUGUAAUGACCAAGGUAUUAGAGAGCUAUCCACUAAAAGGUUUAAUGUCCUCCCGCCUGGCCCCCACCCCUGAGCGGUGGGUGGGGGCCCUAAAUACCAAUAAGGGGGGAUCUAUUGUCCUCCCCCUGGCCCCCACCGCUGAGCGGCGGGUGGGGGCCCUAAAUAAAAAAUUAACCCCCCCUCCCCAGGUGACAAGGGGUCCCCAAACUCCUAGUCAUCGCCCUCCCCAAAAAAUUAACCACUACCUACCCCCCUCACCCUAAAAACAAUGAGGGGGGACCAUUAGCUAAGUACCUCUAAAAAAAAUAAAUAAAAUAAAACUUACCAUUUGAUGUUUUCUUUCUUCUAAAAUCUUCUUUUUUCAGCCCCAAAAAAGGCCAAAUAAAAAUCCAUAAAAAACGUGCGCAAAAAAAAUAAUCCAUCUGAGCUCUUAUAAAGCCUUGCCCCGCCCUGCAAUAAGGCUCAGAGAACUCUGAUUGGUGGGUUUAAGCCAUCCAAUCAAAGUGCUCUGACAGGUAAAUUAAGAGACUGACAGGUAAGUGUCUACAUUUACCUGUCACAUCACUCUGAUUGGUUGGCUUGAAAUCCACCAAUCAGAGUGCUCUGUGUCAUUUUACAUAGCCUGGGAAAGUUCAGGGGUGGGGGUCGAGGGGAAAGGACAAUAGGUCCCCCCCCCCCUUAUUUUACUUUAGGGCCCCCACCCACCAUUCAGGGGUGGGGGCCAAUAGGUUUUUAUUUUUUUUAUUUUUUUUACAGUGAGCAGCCACUGGCUGCUCACUAUUUACUAGACAUGCCCCUACUCGCUGUAUAGCGAGUAGGGACUGAAUUUACUAAUACUAAGUAAUCUUUACUUAUUAGUAAAUGUAGCUGAAAGACCAAUUUAGGUUUUUCAGCCUUUUGGUAGAUAGCUCCCUAAUACCGUGGGAAUUAGAGAGUUAUCUACUAAGCGGCUGCAAUGAACUGUUCCUGAAAUGUUCGGGUUCGGGGUCAAAAAAUCAUAAUGUUCGGUACGAACCUGAACUUUACAGUUCGGGUUUGCUCAGCUCUAGUCUAUAUGUAUUUCGGUACUUUAGAAAGGAUUAUUCAUUAAACUGGAAAUGAGCAGGGAAUUACAAAUUGUAGGAUAACACAGUUUCAAUUAAAAUAAAAUCUACAUUUAAGAUUAUUUUUUAAUUUGACUAUUUUGGCACACAAUUUUAAAUUCCCUUGUCUAUAUCCAUACAUUUUCACUUAGUAAUGUCCCCUGAUUUUAUUCUCGUUUUAACAGUUACCUUCCUGUCCUGCAUUGAGAGAUUCGACAUGUUUUGCCUGGGUUGGCAGGUCCCUGUUAAAAUGAUUCCAUAACGAAGAUUGCAAAAAUGAAACAAGUGUAUGCACACUCUGGCAUAGAGCAUGAAAGAAAUCCUAAAUGUGUUUGUACCUUCCAGGCAUUAUACAAUUAGAAUUUUUAAAACCUAUAAUUUCUAAUUAAUUUUUUUUUUGCAUCUCAGAAUCCUUGCAAAUAUUAUUUUUUGAAAUAAAUAGCAUUACGUAAAUUAGGUACAAGUGCAUUGUAAGAUACAUUUCAGGAUAAGAUUGAUGCCAGAUCCGGACAUAUUAUCUUAAUUUCAGGAUAAGAUUGAUGCCAGAUACGGACAUUUAAUCUUGGUUGUGUGACUUGGAGUUCCCCGUGGACCCCUUGACAUUACACCCUAAUAUCAUCUGGAAAGUGAUUCCUCAAAAAUGAGCAGUUGUGUUGGGAUAAUUUAUAAAUUUAUAUCACAAGCAGGGAUUGUAAAAGUGCUGUCCCUUUUAUAGAUUGCUAAUGUUCCCCUAUUUGUUUUUUUGACUUUUUAACAUGGAACGUUCAUUAAUACAGUAAGUGUACUGAGGGAAUACAGAAGAGUAUUUGGUCUAUGGUAGGGGUGCCCAAAAGGUAGAUCCCAAGAUGUAGAACUCUAACUUCCAUGAUGGUUUGCAUGCUCUUAGAAUGUCUUUAGAAUGACAAAGCUACAAGUAGUUUUAAAACACCUGGGGAUCUACCUAUUGGGUACCCCUGGUCAAUGGGUUCUCUAGGUCACACCUUAGAUGUGUUGGCCAUUUUCCUAGAAGCUUUUAUGUUCUACCAUACCUGCAAUUGGCUGUCUAACCAUAACACUGACGUUAGUCAAUAAGUCUUUCAGUAUCCCUCGCUUUUGUUAUCCCUAUCUCAUAAACAAGUUUUAAACCAUGUAUGGGAUUUUUCUCAUAAAUUCAUUUUAGGCUUGUUUUCAUUCGUAGUUCCUGUUUAACUGGCGCCAAAAUAAUAUCUCUUUUAAAUAAUCUUUCCUUUGUUAAUUUAGAACUGUGUAAUUUUAUUAUAAAGUUAAAAUAUUUCUAAAGAACAAGAACAAUGCUUCCAAUGGACCAUAUUCUAUAUAAUAGCCUGCAGCCUCCUUUAUAAGAUGAAUCAGUUACACGUUGCUUUGCAUUGCGUAGGGAGCCCUACAGGAAGUGCAUAUUUUAAGCAUCACGGCAUGAUAUUUUAGCAUUUCUUGUUAGAAUUAUCACGGAUUGUGUUGCGUAGUGUACAUACAUCAAAGGAGUGCUGCAAUUAGAUCUUCCCCCUGCUUCUUCUGUCUGUUAGGUGUAGAGAAACGCGUCAGAAUGAGAGCUGUGUUUGGAAGAAAUCUCUUGAGAAUCAGUCAGUGAGAAAGAUGUCUUUGUUGGAUUACAGUUUGAUAAAAAAAAGUAAAUUUUAUAGGUUUAAAAUACAGCAUCAUAUGUCAUUUCUGUUGUCAAAUAUUUUGACUAUUUCUUUAGCAGUCUUUGGCUUAACAUUUCUUAUUUUUUAUUACCUUAAACAUCUAUUAAAAUAUUUGGAUUCAUUUUUAAAUUCAUUAAUUUAACAAGAAUUUAAGAAGAAUGUAAUUGUCUUUGUUAGAACUAAAUAUAGCUUGGUUGCUCCCUUUAAGUGCUGCUACAAAGUGUGUGCUUAGAAAUAUUCUGGAGAGUCUUACCAAUUCUUUAACUAAGAUUUUUUUGCAAGAUUUUUUCUGUUACAGAUAAGAGUCAUCUUAGGGUAUCUAUGAGAAAUCUGUGGUGCAUGGAAGAAAUUGUGUUUGCACUUUUGUGCAACACAGAAAAUUCAACUUACUCUAAAUACCAUUUUACACACAGUGUUUGUGCAACAUGGGUAAUUUAUGAAUUUUGCUACAGACUCUCACCAAUAUUGAUACAUAGCACACAUGAUUGUGAGUUUUAAAACUUUUGGUCUCUGUGAUAUAUUCAUAUAUAGUGCACAUUGCUGUGAGUUAUAUUGCUGUGGAUCUCUGUAACAUACUUGAACACAUUGCAUACCGCUGUGCCAAAGGUGUAAAAGAUGGUAGGUAUCUAGCGCUUACAGUUAGAUAGUGGAGGCAGCUCAGACAACCCAAAUCGGAGUCUCUGGUCCAUAAAACAUAUAUGAGGUGGAGAGAGGGAGUAGUGCUUUAAGGGAUUUUUUUUAAAUGUGGAAUAUGUAAAAAAGGAGAAAUACUAAAUAUAAUGUAGUUUCUUAAUAAUUAAUAAGGAUAAUAAUGGUUCAUAGGUAAAAGGAAAUGCACUCACACUUUGUAGAGCUAGGAGUAGCUCUACUAUAUAUGCCUGGGAUGUACAAUCCCCCAGCACUGCCCAGGCGUAUAUUGAAGAGCUACUUCUGGCUCUACAAAAUGUAAGUGCAUUUCCUUUUACCUCUGAGUCAUUUGUAUCCAAGAUACCACACUAUGAUUUGUAUUUCUACUUUUUUAAGUAUUCCACAUUUGAAAAUCUCUUAAGGCGAUACCUCUGUGAUACACUCUUUCAUAAACAUCCAUUAACACAAAAAAUUAAUAGCUUAAAUGGUGCCCCCCCUGCAAGGAGCGAAACCAUUUUUGAAUGGUUUGACAUCUUACCUGGGGUCUGCUGUGCACAGCUCCUAGCCUCCACUAGUAAUGCCAGAGACCUGGAAGUCCCUAAAAAAGGGAAGUCAGGUAACUGUUUAGGAAGCAUUUGUAGAGAAGGUGGGGAGCAGCAGUAUGACUCCUUACAUUGAUUGGGGGAACCAGAGCACUCCUGGCACAAUAAUCACUACAAUGUACUGUAGUUGUUAUGGUUCUUGGAGUACUCCUUUAAUGCCUUUGAAAAGUACAAUUAUAAGUGUUCUUAAGACUAUUGUCUUUAUUAUACUCCUAAGAGUUCUGUUUAUUGUGUUGCAUUUUUAUAGUGGUGCUUGAUGCGCAUUAUCAUAGUUAUCAUGUAUCUUACUCCUACGUUAAUCUAGAAAUUAAUAUGGAAAACAGAUAUUAAAAUGUCUGGGCACAGACGAAAACAAACAAUAAGGACUGUGAUUUUCUCAAGAACAUUCAGAUAAUUGAUACUACUUGGGAACGAAAAGCAAAAUAAACGUUGAACAAGGUUCAUUACCGUGGAAAAUGAAUGAUUUGGCAGUAAUAGGUUUAAACAAAUGGCUGGUACAAACUAAGAUACGAAUGGAAAGAUUUUCAAUUUCUCAAUUAAAGUAGCACAGCUGAGUCAAAAUCUCUGGAGAAGAAUUAUUUAAGAAUAACCAGUACUUAUGAGUCUCCUGCCGGUAGUUUAAUUUAUUUUACCGCAUUGGAUCGAAAUUUCUAAUUGCAAACCCCACUUCAGUGGACUUUACGCAUUUUAUUUUUUUAUAUAAAUUUUUUAGUUAUGCAAGAAAAGUUCCCAUACCAGCAAAAUAUAACAAUACAAUCCCAAACGUAAUACAAAAUAAUGUUAGUUAUACAAUAAAUCUGCAUGGGAACAUGGAGAAAAUAUAUUUGGAAACAUAGAAAAUAUUUUUUAAAGAGAAACAUGAAAUGAUAGACAAAAAUUAAAACUGGGGAAUUAAAGGGAAAUAAAAAUGUCAUUCUUGUAUAAAGCGUACCAAACACUUCCAGAAAUCUGUUAAUAUAGUUGGACAUCAACCAUGAGAGAGCAAUGACAGUCAAAAAAGUGUUUUUUAUUAUGUUAUAUUAUAGUUCUGUGAGUAAAAAUAGUCACCGUUUAAUUUUGUAAUUUAAAAAAAAUAAAAUAAAUUCAUUUAAGAAAAAAAUAUAACUAUAAAAUACAUAAUAUUUAAUUUAUUCCUAAAUACUAUCUUUGGUAGCUGCUUUAAAAUCUUUAAAAACUCUUUCUAUGGAGACUGUUGGACGUGAAUGAUGCUACAGAAUGAUGUGUGCACGUGACUUCAUCCCAUAAACGCUAGGUUCGUGGCGAGCGAAUGACUGUAUACGGUUGGUGGCACAGGUUGGGGAUGGCUACAAAAAGACGACAUAGUAUAAUUUAUAUGUCAAACUAACAAAAACAUUCUAUAUGGAUUUUAUUACAAUUAAUUCAUUUUUACAAUAAACAAAAUACAUUUGAUUGGAGUGAGCUUUUCUGUGUUUCUGAAUUAUUACUUAAACGAUUCUUUGUGACACUGUUUAAUAAGAAACGUCCAUUUUUACCUUUGCUGAAUGUACUGUAUUAUAUAACAAUAACAACACAGUCUAUUAUUACAUAUCAUAGCAAUAGCUUUAUUAUUAAAUGUUCUGUUGGUUUAUUUGAGGGGCAGGAGCCAUUUGUUAGGAUCUCUCCAUUAGAAUACAUAUAUGUAUGUGUCCGUGGUAUCUACUAAAGUCAUGAAACUUUUGAUAAUUAAAUAAUGCAUAAUUCGCAAACACCCCCAAUGGUGGCAUUGACCUUGGAGUCUGGUGUCCAGGAGGGAGGGGGGGGGGAGACAGGGGAACCUGACUUAUCUGAACCUGUCCUCCAUGCACGCCGCCAUCUUCUGACGGUGCCCAAUGCAUGCAGACCAUCUAGCAAAACAACUUUAACUCAGAAGUCAAGUACCACAUCUUCACUGCAUGUAACAUAAAAAAUGUAUCUUAAAAGAUGAUCAAAUGUUAAUAGAAUGUACAUCUCUUUCUUUUUAGCUGUCUCUGUGAUGAGGUACAGUGCGUCAUCGUUUGGUUUUGCUGUAAGUAUUUAUGUAGCCCAACGUUACCCUGUUAGUUCCAAUUAAAGGAUCAGUAACAACAAUAGAAUUGAGGUAGACAACCAAAGAAUAACUGAAUAUUAAAAAUUGUGUUUUACAGGGGAUCAAAGAAUAUGCAGCAUGUGCAUGGAUUAUAAAACAUAAGAUGACAUUGCUGAGUUUAAAAUAUAGCUGAAUUGAAGAUUUUUUUUCAACUUCAUUAUGUCGACUUUCUGAUUUUAUCAUUCACUUUUUAAUUAAUUACAAUACACAGUUUGCCAUAUUAACUUAAGUGUGUAUUUUAUUCUAAGUCUUAGCAAGCGUGCAAUAACGAUACGUAUAAUAAAUAUUAUUCUUAAAGAAGUAUAUAAUGAUAAUAGUAAAUUAUAUGCGUCAGCCAUUUUGAACUCAUAGGAAUUUGUAUCAAGUUGAUUUAUAUUCAGUCCUUGCAAUAAUAUAAACAAGAUGUAUACAGUUUAUCUGACUACUUCAAAAUGGAUGACCUAUGCAACGUAGCUGUUGUUGUGUCCUCUGCAAAUUUUAACAAAAUAGUUUUUUUCCCCUCCAAAUGUACAAUCACAAUGCACUUGAAAUGAAUAGAAAAAAAUACCUAUUACUCCAAGUAUUCUGAACUGAGUAACACCUGCUAUUAUUAGAACUGUGUUUGGGCCAUAGAUAAAGAAAAUUGAUACAGGCAGAUAGUAUUAAAGCAAAGAAGAAUAACCAUUUUAAGUUACGGGAUACUGGAAAAUAAAUGGGUAUCCUUAGAAAAAAAAAUCCAAAAUUAAAUAGGCGAGUAUAGUAAAGGGCAGAUAUUUAUAUUGAAAGAGCUCCUGGUUCCCCUACACCUCUUACAUGAUAAAUUAAUACAGAGUUGUGGUGGCACACUGGAACCGUGUAGGGCUGAUAUUGUGAGGGGCUUAGAAGUGUGACUGUCCUACACAGUAAUUGUGUAGCUAAAUAUUCAGUUUUAUAAACUAUCUCAUAACAAGAAAAGUCAGAUGAGAAAUUGGCCCCAUAUUUGCUCUUUAAAGAAUUAACUCCACAGUUAUUACGGAAGGUUUACUGUGUGCAGUACCUUUAUUGGCCAGAGGGGCACUAUUUAUUUACAACUCCAAAUCCCUUCUAUGCCCAAUCUGUGCUGGCUUCUUUUCCAAUAUGCAUAUCGGGCUGGUAUCAGUAAAAUGAAGGAUUUUUGGAAACUAACUAAACAUUGCACAAAAUGUACAGUGCUCUGGGUUCCAACCAACAUUCUCUGGUGCACAAUAUGAUGCUUAGACUUAUUCCACAAGAAGAAUUGCAUUGGGCAAAUAAGUAACUAUGCUUUUUUUUUUUAAACAAUUGCAAAUGAAUUAUUUAUAACGAUGGAUUUGAAUGCAGUUAUUAAAUAACUCCCUUGGGUAAUUUAAAACAUGGUUUGGCUGACAGCCAACUUUAAUAGUCGCCACAUUAUGUCACAGAUUGUGAGCCUGUAUUUUUAUAGCACAAUAGGACGUUUUCAGAGAAUUUCUUUGUUUCUCACAAACAAGUUAAAUAUUUUGAGAUAGCUUAUUGUCAUCUCGUCAGAUGAAAAAUAAUUUUUUAUGCUUUUUUUUGUUCUUAUUUUGUGAGACGUCAGCCUGUAAAAAACACAUUUUUUAAAUGUUGUUUCCUAAAAAAUUCCAGGCUUUUUAACAGUCCCAUCUAAUGUCCAUUUUUUCAUCUAUACUGUUUUAUAUUUAGUACAAACACUGGUCCAGAUAAUAGGGCCAGAGAGUAAGAAUAUGUAAUUAAAGGGACACUAUAGUCACCAGAACAACGACAGCUUAUUGCAUUUGUUUUGGUGUGUAGAAUCAUUCCCUUCAGGCAUUUUUAAUGUAAAAAACAAGAAUAAGUGCUAUCUAUCUAUAAAUAAGCUGCAAUUCACCAACAAGGUGUUCCCCUAACCUUGUAAAAAAACAAAACAGAUAUAUACAAUAAAGAGGUGAACAGCGCUGGCCUUAUAUAAAAAAUAUAUACAUUACAUUCGUGGUAGAUGAUACUUGGCAAUGGUAUGGCUUAAACAAAGCAGAAAAAUAAUAAUAGUGCAAUAUGUAAUAACAGUGAAAUAAAAGCAAAAGGAGUAUAUGAUCCAAACUCACACUUUAAAGAGCUAUAUCAGCUCGGUUUAGAAGGACCUGGAUGGAAUAAUCCCCGUCUGUGGAUUUCUUAAUGUGGGAUCUACCAGGAAGAUCCCACAUUAAGAAAUCCACAGACGGGGAUUAUUCCGUCCAGGUCCUUCUAAACCGAGCUGAUAUAGCUCUUUAAAGUGUGAGUUUGGAUCAUAUACUCCUUUUGCCUUUAUUUCACUGUUAUUACAUAUUGCACUAUUAUUAUUUUUCUGCUUUGUUUAAGCCUUCAGGCAUUUUGCAGUAAACACUGUCUUUUCAGAGAAAAUGCAGUGUUUACUUUACAACCUAGUGAUAAGUCCACUGGCCACUCCUCAGAUGGCUGCAAGAGGUGCUUCCUGGGACAAUGCUGCCUAAUGAGCAGCACUGCCAUUCAGUGUUACCACCCUAUGCAUGCAGACACUGAUCUUUCCUCAUAGAGAUUCAUUGAUUCAAUUAAUGAGGAUAUGCUGAUUGGCCAGGACUGUGUUUGACUUGUGCUGGCUCUGCCCCUGAUCUGCCUCCUUGACUGUUUCAGCGAAUCCUAUGGGGAAGCAUUGUGACUGGCUCAGGCCACCACUUCUGAUGAUGUCAGCAGACAGCAGGCAGAUCAGAGGCAGCAGCUGCAAACUUGAAUACAAGCAAGAUUUUACUAUAUUCAGGGAGGCAAGAAGGACAUUGUGGGGGUGGAGUGAGAGGUAGAUGGUGGUCUUAACACUAUAGGGUCUCAGGAAUACAUGGUUGUGUUCCUCACCACAGAGUGUUCCUUUAAGUAUAAGCUGGGUCGAUUAUAGUGAAUAUCUAAUGUUUAUUUGCAGAUGCAAUAAGCAGUAACAACUUUUCUAAAAGGAGGAAAACAUAUUUAUUCAACAGAGCACAAUUUCCAAAUACAUUAUUCCAAAAUAGUAUUAUUCAUUAAGGUGUAAAUCAGGGCUUGACAAAUUUGCUUUCAAUCUAGGAGCCAGCUAAAAAAGUUAGGAGUCAGUUUUUUCCACCAACAACACAAAUACAAUUCUUAAAGGACUAUAGUCACCAGAACCACUACAGCUUAAUGUCAUGGCUCUGGUGUCUAUAGCCUGUCCCUGCAGACUCUUCAAUGUAGUUUUUACAUUGCUGCCUAUUAACACUCUAGUGCCUGGCUCUCUGGCAUGGGGUCGGGAGGCGGGGAGCAGGGUCAGCUUUGUGGCAUGGGGUCGGGAGGCGGGGAGCAGGGUCGGCUCUGUGGCAUGGGGUCGGGAGGUGUGGAGCAGGGUCGGCUCUGUGGCAUGGGGUCGGGAGGCGGGGAGCAGGGUCGGCUCUGUGGCAUGGGGUCGGGAGGCGGGGAGCAGGGUCGGCUCUGUGGCAUGGGGUCGGGAGGCGGGGAGCAGGGUCGGCUCUGUGGCAUGGGGUCGGGAGGCGGGGAGCAGGGUCGGCUCUGUGGCAUGGGGUCGGGAGGCGGGGAGCAGGGUCAGCUCUGUGGCAUGGGGUCGGGAGGCGGGGAGCAGGGUCGGCUCUGUGGCAUGGGGUCGGGAGGCAGGGAACAGGGUCGGCUCUGUGGCAUGGGGUUGGAAGGCGGGGAGGGAGCAGAGUUGUCUUUACCUGGUGUCCUGCAAGGUUAGCUUGCCAUUCUCCUGCGCAGCCUCUGCACCGGGAGGAAUGAAUUACAGUUCCCUUCACUUCCUCCCACCGCACAGAGAGCUGCACGGCGAUUGACACAGGAGGAGGAGGGAACUGGCUGACCAAUCCCAGGCGCCAGGACAAAAUAUUUAGUCGCCAUGGCGACCUGGCUCCUGGGAUUUGUCGAACCCUGGUGUAAAUUGUCAGAAAUUUAAAAUGAAUUCAAAGUGAUUUUCUUAUUUACGGCCAAAAUAACUAAACUGGUUUAUUAAGUCUCUCUUUCAACCUCUCGCAGUUCACACUUUUAGGGAUUACUCUCUAAUUUUUUUUAAAUUAAAUUUACAUUUACUAAUUUAAGAGAAGUACACAUACAUGGUUAUUCUGUAAAGUGAGAACCACUAUAGGAAGAGUCACUCUGACCAAAAACAGUGUUUUCUUAAAACACUGUUUUUUUUUGUCACGGUUUUACUUUAAAUCCAAAACAUCUAAACUGAACACGGAAUUGACUACGUGAAUGUUUCUAAAUUGGCAAUUAAAUUUCAAGAUUCACUUUGAAUUCCUUCCAAGUCUCUCCUUACUGAAUAACCUGGAAAAAUAAAAAGACCUAUUCGGGGAAUAAGUUAGUUUAAGGAUAUAUGUUAUUUUAUUCCCUGUAUUGAUGGUCUGUGCUUCACACUAUAGGCUGCCUGAAUCAGGUCACUAUAUCCUACUGAGCUACCUAUUCAAUUGAAGGCACCCAAACUAGGUACGCCAUGUAGAUUUCAGACAAAAUUUAAAGGAACACUCUAACAUUAAUAUACUUUAUUGCAAUUAAACUCUUUUUUUUUAAAAGCAAUUAAACGUUCUUGUAAACCAGGGUCCGGAUAGUCUGCUCUCUGUCAGUUGUGAUAAUCUCCAUCUAAUCCAAUGCUUCUAAUAGACACUGGUCGCCUGGUGUAGACACCUGGGGCACCGGUCACUUGUAAUAGACAUCGGUCACCUGGUGUAGACACCUGGGGCAUCAGUCACUUCUAAUAGACACUGGUCUAAAAGACAUCGGUCACCUGGUGUAGACACCUGGGGCACCAGUCACUUCUAAUAGACACCGGUCUAAAAGACAUUGGUCACCUGGUGUAGAUACCUGGGGCACCAGUCACUUCUAAUAGACACCGGUCACCUGGUGUAGACACCUAGGUCACCAGUCACUUUUAAUAGACACUGGUCUAAUAGACAUUGGUCACCUGGUGUAGACACUGGUGGCAUGUGCAACAAUUGCUGUGCUUAGUCAAUCCCGUGCUUCUUCAUGAAAGGCCAUUUCCACCUUUGGUGUCAUCAUUUGUGAGUGGUUGUAAACCUUUGGUUUUCAAAAGUCUGGUGGCGAAAGAGCUUCUAAUGGCUGUCAGUGUGGUCACCACAGAGCUAAGUUAUCCACAGCUCUCGCAACCAAUCAGUGCUGUCCUAACCUGGACAGAAAAUGAGUGAAAUCCUUCAUUAUCUCAGCAGAGGCAGAGGAAGCCUGUUUUUGCCAAGUUGCUAAAUAAUUGUUUGCCUUUCAGAUUCUAAAUAAAAUGUAACGGUUUACUUUAGCAGAACAUUAUUCAAAUAGUUGUCCUUCAAACUGGCACAAUGUGUUAAAAAUCCCAAACCUUUCUUGCUUUGUCUCUUUUGUAGUUUGACGCUGUCCUCGACGUUCUCUCAUCAGCAAUUGUAUUGUGGCGUUACAGCAAUGCUGCUGCCGUACAUUCUGCACAUAAAGAGUAUAUGUAAGUAGAAAAUACAGACAUUGUGAAAAUCUGUGAAUUCAACGCAAACAUGAUGUAGAAUUAUCAUGUUAUAUUGUGGGCAUAUUGUAGCCAUAUUGUGAUUGCAGUAUAUAGGGAAAUCACUUGUGCAAACAACAUGGAAACUAAAGAUACUUUAAUUAUACAGUUAGUAAUGCAAAACAGAUGGAACUUACGGGAAGUUAGUGAUUUAUCACAUUAUAAAACUGUAACUUAAAGAAACAUUAAGUCUGGAGGUUGGCAAAUUUGCCAGGUUUACUUGAAACGCUAGCAUCACCUUAAAGGGACACGCCACUGCCCAAAUAAAAAAUACAAAAACACUGUUUAUUAUAUUUACCGAAAUGAAAACAUGCAUGCAUUUAAUUAUGCAUCUAAAAUAGCUGACAAAAGCUGCAGUUUUCUUGUUUAUUGCCUUCACAAGCCCUCCCCUUCUAACCCCGCCCAGUCUUUCUGUGGCUGUCCAAUCACAGGUUUCCCAAGGCAGCCCACUGAGAAGUCUUUGCAAGGCAGGUGCUCUGAGCAAUUGCUGCCUCUUGAGUUUAGUUCCACUGAGCUAAUCAAAACAGUAACAAGGUUAAUUUAUAAAAGCAUCAAUUACUUUUGAAAUCUAUACUAUUUGUGAACAAAAGAGGACAUUGAAAUGAGCAAGCAAGGUUUCUUUAUUACUCAGGAACAUUAAAAAUGACAAUACUUUCCUUAUGUUUGUGUUAAUUUGCAUAUUCCGCACAGCGUUCUGGGAAGGUUUUUUUAAGAGGAACUAUUGCUGCUUCCUGGGGUGAGGGGGGCGGUUAGGGGUGUACUCUAUUACUUAGAUAAUAUAUUGUAAAACUUUUCAAGAAAGCAGAGUACAACGUUAAACAGAGUAUUUUAGAACAGUUUGUUGUUGUAAUAUGAAAUUUGAUGUUUAGGCAUUUGAGGAUUUGCAAUUAUCCCAAUAAAUCUUAGUUCUAGAUAGAACCACCCAGAACUCCACUUACAAUCCAUUAUGACCAUUGCCCAAACAUUUCCUUUGGUAAUUAUGUUAUUAGCAAAGAAAAUAUAUAUAUCUGGCAGCUAGCCUGGUUACCAUCUGCGAAAAAGAAUAAAGACAUUUUCAUAAAUGAAUUUGCAUUCAUUAUUUUUAAAUAAUUUUGGGCUCUGGAUAAUGAUGCAGCUUCUCAAUUACUGCAACGGAAUAAUAAAAAGCUUUGGGUUGCGAAGGAAAGUAGUUUUCUGCUAAUGAGACUGAACUGUCUAUAGUCAGGUCAUCCUGGAACUAGCUAUCAUUUUAUGAAAAAAAACAAAUGCUCUUUAUUUAACAAUGAUUAGUUGUGGAACGCUCACAAAGCUCUGUUCAAUGAGGCCAUUAAAAACCACGUUGAUUUUAUGGUUUUAUAUAAUUCAGAUUUCCAGAGGCAAUGCUAUUGUGUUUCAAUUUCUUAAACUAAAGUAUAAAUAACAUUUUAUUUGGCACAAAAGCAGUUAGGUAAGUUGUCCUAGAAUUAGAAAUAUUAAGGAUAAUCAUAGCCUCGAAACCGUACCUCUCCCAUACAUAUUAAACAGUACUGGGUUAUAUUCAUGUAAUAAAUUCUUUGUAGUAUUUGAAAGAUAUGAGUGCGUUUCACUGGCUAUUGGAAGCGUCCUUCCCUGGAUAUAGAGCAAGAUAUUUGAAAAUCAGUUACAAAUAAGCAACUGAAGCACAGAGCUUGGAAUAAUAUCAAAUAAAUCGAUGUUUAUUCACCCGGGAAGGCUUUAGGAGCUAUAACAUAAAAAAUGGCACCUCUUGCAGAAAAUCCCACCAACAAGCCAGGUAGACCUGUAGUUACAUGACAGGUGCAUAAUCGCCAUAUGGGUAGGGGAGGGAUAUGAACCUGACCCAAACCCACCCAAUAAGACACCGACACUCUUAUGUAUGGGUGAAAAAACGCCCACAGCUUUAUUAAUAAUAAAGAGUAUAAAUUAUCAUGUACAAAGAUAUAAAGGUCAUUACCCGCCACCCCCCCAAUAUUAUACCAUCUCCCCCAUGCUAAAAUUAAAGGCAAUGACCUACAACAUAUCAUAACUUACCAAUAUAUAACAACCAAAUAAAUAUUAACAUGUAAAGUGCCAACAUUUCUUUAGAUUACUCCUGGUAGGGGUAUACCCAGAUACACAUACACCCCCGAGGUUCUGAGCCACCGUGGGGCUCGAAACCUACCAAAACUUGUACAAACAGUGUUCCAUUUUAACCAACCAACUAACUGCCCUUAUUCCAAUAUUAAUUAAGAAGGCCGUUUUUUUCGUUAAUCUUCCUUACCCCACCCUGCUUCUGUGACCAAACAGGGAAAAACCUAGCAAAUAGGAGGGGGGAGGGGGGGAGGAGCGACCAACUCAUCAAGGUAAGGGAUUAGAACGAGGGAUCCAAAAAUUCCCGAACUUUUAUAUCGGCCAGCCCCCAAACACUAGCCCACCAAUCCCAAGCUGCUCCCAGCCCUAGCCCGCCUCCUAGCCCCAUCAGGGCCCUAUUUCCUAAGCUGCACUUUCUCCAUGGGCUUUAAAAAAGUUGUCCUAACAUGUAGCAUUAAGUCAGAAUCAACACGCACUUUAAAGGAUCUUCGGAGGCAGUGCUUGAUUACCAUGCUUCCCGUUUAAUACUACCAUUAACUGUUUGCUCAUAAUGGGCUUGUUUUCAUGCUUGUAGGUAAAAAUUAGCUAUUAUACAUUGAUAACACAAAUACCUAGUAGAUGUUUGUGGCUAAAAAAAUUUACUAACCAGAUUUCUUCGGCAACCGCUUCAUUUAAUACCAUAGCUAGUGCUUACUAGUUUGCAAUUUGGAUGCACGUUAAGAAAAAGGUGCAUUUUCUAAUUAAUUGCAAUAGCACCUCCGCCAGGACACUAUAAAACAUGCCUCCAAUGCAUGGGCUUUUUAUUAAUCUUUACGAUCAUUUAAACAGGUUGCCCUUUGUGUUUCUCAUACACCAAGCUCACUACAUUUCCAAAGUCUUCUUUGAAAACUAUUUAUCACAUGCUUAUAGACAGCGUUUAGUGCCUAAAUGUACUUAAAUAUAGAAUCAAUGUUUUAUUUUAGAACUUGAUAUACUGAGGUGCCUUUUUAACUUUACACCUAGAUGCGGCUUACGAUAUUUUUAGUAUGAUAUCGUCAGGUGUGAGUUUUACUGUCUAAUAUGGAAACCAGAUGUUACUUAGCAUCUCCUACUAAUCUCUAAGGAAAACAUCAUCACUUGCGGCAGCUGCUAGUUACAAUUUGUUAGUUGUUAACGUUUUGUAACGUGAAAAUUGACGGUUAACAGCAACAAUAGCAACUAGCAUUUUAGCGAUUACUAACUUUUUGCUAAAUUGUUGCAAGAAGCACGGAAAUGAACUGAGGACAUGCAUUAAUAAAUCACCAACUCUCAGUUGAGGCAACAUUCAAUAUUUCGAUGUAUGCAACCCCCCGUAGUAGGCACGGUUAGUAUUUUGCUCAUACACCUGACAAGCGAGCAGUUAAAAUACAUCCCCACUGUCUAUAGAAGCAGAUAUUACUACUUCUUGCACAUCAACGUUUCCGCUGCGGGAUCAGAUUUUAAUACACCGCUUUUUUAAUUUCAAAUAAGAUGUGAUUAAUCAGCAGUACUGUCACUGAAUAUUAGUAAACGCAAAGAAACGUGUAAAAAAGCCAUUAAACGAAAUGAAAACUGAAGGCGAAAUGAAAAAUAUAUUUACAUUUUAAUUUUGGAACGUUUUAAUUUCAAGCAGUUGACUGAUCACCACAAAUCAGACAGACAGAAUCUUUUCAAGGUUUGGCGUAUAUUCACCUCUGAGGGAGAGGCUGUCUUCUAAACACAAUCUGUUACACAAUCUGUCUGUUUCUAUGCUUUGUGUUUACAAAACUGCAUGUGCGAAUAGGAACAAAUGAUUUUCUUUACUAUGUUAAAUGGAAGAUUAGUUACAAACAAUAGAUAAUCAAAUUAAGUUUUUUCUUUCGGACAGUUUAUAAUCUGACAAAUGAUUCUGAAUAUACAAUGAACAGUGACCCAUAUGGACUUAUUAAAAAUAAUGUUAAACUGUGUAUAACGUGUAACCUUUAUAAUAAUGUAGAUUGUGGUAUUGUGAACUCACAGCUUUCCCCUUUAAUAGCGAUGGUAAAAGAAAGUGUUUAAUAUCUGUGUUAAAAUUGUGUCGCUCUGACAAAUAGAUUAUGUUUACAGACAUGUGCAUCACGUUUUACAUGUUUAGAUUGCCACGGGAAACAUGAGAUUGUUGACAAUGAGCAACACACAGGAUUAUUUAGAAGUAUUUGAAACAGCAAAUUUUCCAAAUAUAAUUUAGGUCAAUUUGGGGCCAUUAAAAGGCUCCAUUAUUAUUGACAUGUGGGUAAUUUAUCAACUUCCAAAACAAGGAAAUCAGACUCAAAUUGAAGCCUAAAGAGAUCUGAAAUGACUUUUUUUGAUCCAAAUACAUUUCUUUUUAGAAUGGAAUACCUUAGAAAUUGCCUGUUAAUUAAUUUCCUAAACAUUUCUGAAUUAUCUCCUAAAAUUAAUGAAUAACCUCUUGUUACUUAUGCAGUCAAAAUAUUCAAAGUUUAAAUAAAUAAAUAAAUAAAUAUUUAAUGAUAAAGCCAUAACAUGAAUACCCAUACCACCAUAUUAAAUGAAUUAAUCCCAUUCCUUAACACCAUGGGCAAUUUGAGGGAAUUAGAUAAAUGUAUUUGCUGGUUAUUCUGACAAGCAGGUUUAGUGUUAAUCUGAGUCCCCAUCAGCGUGUCUGUUAAAAACAGAGCGUCGGUAACCCAUAAAGGCAUGCAGAGAAUUGCAGGUAAACUGUGCAUUUUGUUCAACUAUAUACCUUUGUAACAGUGCCACCUACUGUUGGAGUCUGUCAAACACAUUUAUAAUACAUGACAUAAGGACUAGCUAUUUCAAGAGAUAAGGUGUUAGGAUAGCAGGGCAUGAAAUACUAUAAGAUAAGGUGCACUAUAUAAUUUGAAUACUUUUAAAUCAGUUCCCACAGCGGAAUCACUUUUAUUGGCUUAUUAUUGGCCACUAGUGUCAUAUUUACCCUGCAAUGUAAGCAUUGAUGUUUCUACUAAUUGUUGAACAUUGCAGGGUUAAAACUAAGGCACCACUGUAUUCAGACCCCUUCAUUAAGAUGAAAUGGUCUCUGUGCCUCUAGUGGUCCUUUAACUGUGAUGCCAAAACGCAACAUCCCUGCAGUAAAACAUUUAAUUAAUGAAUUAAUUUAUACAGCAGAUCUGAGAAUGCUAUUUAAAAAGUAUUUACGUAAAUUGGAAGAUUUUUCACCUACAGAUGAAUCCCAAUUAUUAUCCUUUAAUUCAUAUAUACAGAUUAUAGUUUCUUAUUCUAAAUUAGGGCACAGUUUGAAUUUUGAAUAAAUAGAAGUGUGUAUUAAAGACACCUAAUUUGCAUUUUUCGUGUAAUUAGGUUUAUAACACAUCACGACAGGACACAAGUAAUGUGUUUAAUUCCAGCGCCGGCAAUGUUUUAUUGGAUACAUUAUUUUAUUGCAGUCUCUUGUUUUGACAUUACAGUAAUCAGGCACUGGGAGCAAUUCAGUCUGUGCCACCUAGCUGCAAUAAUUAUACGGCAAAAAAAUAUUAUAAUUGUGGCUUGUAUGCCAGUUGAGACACUGGUAAAGAUGUAACAUAUGCUGUCUUGCACGGAAUUCUCGUGUUAUUAAUAUAUAUUGUAUAUAGCCUCCUUGAUGUCAGUGACAGAGAGGAGUCAUCCCUUGAUGUUUGUGGGUAGAUGGGCUAAAGCAGAAUUUGACAUUGAUCUAUCUUAAGCUAGAUAAGCAAUAUGGGACGUGUAGUUAAAAAACAACAGAGAACAAAGCUGAUGUGAGUUAGAACUUUUUCGUUCUUCCAGUCUUAUGGUAUAAGCCAAAGUAUGACACAUAUCUGUAUGGAAAAUAAGAAUCGUCGUGCAUGUGCCCUGAAGAGAUAGGCAAACCAUAUGUGUUCGAACAGGCGUCUUAUUGAGCACAUGCGCACGCCUCGGAACUUAAGCUAGCAGUGUAUGAGUCAGGGUCAGCCAAGGAUCUUCAAAUCUUUAUAGAGCUACUGGAUAAUGCUAACUUGGGGCAUUCUGUGUUUUUCUGAUCAUUUGUGUCGUUACGAAAGGGAAAUAAAAUGCAUGUAACACAUUAAACAUAGUCCAAAUCUGAAAAUCUAGGCAAAUGUCCUCUGCAAGACAAAAACAAGAACACUUCUAGCAGGGUCAGUCCUGUAGGAAUAUAUAGGACAGAUUUAUGUAAACUGCAACAACACCCAAUUAGCUAUGAACAUACUGUACAUGCUGAUAAAUUACAUGUUUCAAUGCUUUUUGAUUUUUUGAUUAAUCAACCAUUUACCUCUCCAGUAGUGCUGUUUCCACCAUGCUGGGCCCAUGGGUUCUAGGCUAGUAUAGUAGCCAUGCCGCAUUCCUGCUUACAACCCACCGACCCCGUAUGUGAUUGUCCUAUUACUCCAUGAGUCGGACACAUUGGCGUCAUUGUCAGUGCAUCAGCAUCAAAACAGAAUGAUGAAACACUCACUGGAGGAAUCACCACAGCAACUACCAAGCAUGCAUUGUAGUUGCUGUGACCGACAUUUAGUCCAUGAAAAUUCAAAAUCCUAUGCCCUGUAUACACAGAUUUCUUGUGAAGAUUUAUAUUUUUAUAGGGUGGAGGUUUCUGUGACUUUACAUCGAUUUCCUAGAACCAUCUCAGAAAAUUGGCCUUUCUUGUAAAUUCAUAUUUAGCAUACAUCGAUUUUGCUUUGCAGACGGAGGCAAUACCCAUUUUAUAAGGUCAUUGACUUUGUAAUUGCAGGUUCUGUGGCUCUACCAAAAGUUAGUAUAUCUGCAGGAGAAAAACAAUCUAUACAAGUCAUGAAUUAUUAAUUGUAGAUAUCAAUUCCAGGAGAUCUUAAGGUUGACCAAUUAACCAUGUCGAUGGACACAUAUGCUCCACUAUUUUCCUAUAUUUCCUUUUAGAAAAUAUAUUCUAUUUUCUUAUCAAAGUAUUUUUUAAUUAUCUUUUUGCAUCAAAGACAAGCAGCUUUAGUUGUUGCCAGUCAACAGAUACCAGAAAUCCUUUUAGACCUUAGAGGAGCACUUUUAACCUCUUAACCUCAGAACAUUUUGAGAUCACAACAUACUACAAAAGGCAAUUUGUGUAGACUAACUCAUUACAUUUAGCCUCUGGGCUUUUCUCCUACAGCCAAUCACAUCAGACCCUAGGUUUCUCUCGACACUUCACUGUAGUCUUACCCUCAGAAAUAUCUUGAUUUCCCUUUUAUCCUCACCCCUUUGCUCUCCCACUGUUGGCAUAUCAGUGUGUGUGUCUGUCAUGAAUGUUUAUGUGUCUGUCAGUCAAUGUGUGUCUAUCAGUGUGUGUGUCUGUUUGUGUGUGUUAGUGUGUAUAUGUCUGUAAUUGUGCAUCUGUAAGUGAGUGUAUCUGUCAGUUUGUCUGUGUCUGUCACUGAAUGUGUGUGUUUGUCAUUGAAUGUGUGUGUGAUGAUCACUGUGUUUCUGUCAAUGAAUGUGUGUAUAUUGUGGGUGUGUCUGUCAGUGUUUGUGUGUCUAUGAGUGUGUGUCAGAGAGUGUGUAUGUGUCUGUCAGUGAAUCAGUGUUUGUGUGUGUCUGUGAGUCUGUGAAUGUAUGUCAAUGUGUGUCUGUCAGUGAAUGUGUGUGUGUUUGUAUGUAAGUGCCUGUCAAUGUGUGUCAAAUCAGUAAGAGUGGGUGUGUCUGUCAUUGUAUGGCUAUCAGCGAAUGUGUGUGUCUGUCAAUGAGUGUGUGUGCCUGUCAGUGAGUGUGUCAGUGAAUGUGUUUGUGUCUGUCAGAGUCUGUCAAAUCAAUGAGGAUGUGUGUCUGUUACUGAGUGUGUAUGUGAAUGUUAGUGAGUGUAUGUAUGCCAGUAAGUCUAUGGGUAUCUUAGAGUGUGUUUCUGUCAGUGGGUGAGUCGGUGUGCCAAUGUGUGUCAGUGAAAGUGUGUAUUGGUUAAAUAGUGUGUGAGUCAAUGACUGUGUGUCAGUGAGUGUAUGCCAGUGUAUGUAUAUCUGGAAGGGCGUAUGUCUGUCAGUGAAAGUGUGUGUUUGUUAAACAGUGUGUGUGCCAAUGAAUGUGUGUACAAGUCGAUGAGAAUGUGUGCUUGAAAGGAUGAGGUAGGAAGAGGUGGAGCUCUAACAGGUAAUUGUGGAGCCUAAAUAGAAAGGGGUGGAGGAGAUGCUGUACUUUUUACUGUUCUUGAAAUGUGUUAUUGCUCUGAACUCUGAACUGAACUUCUUCUUCACAUGUUCCUCUAAGUUACACAUAGUAACCCAUAUAGUACCCCCCAUUUUACAUAGGAUUCGCUGUCCCAUAACUAGUGGCAAUAACUAGGACUGCAGUAACGGCCAUUUUACAUCCAGAACCGCAACUCUCACAAUGCAUGCCCGUGCCAAGUUAGGCCUUUGUGAUUAAAUCUAAUUGUCUUGUUAUAAUAAUUUUUCCUGUUUUGAUGAAAUAUGUGCAAUGCAUAAUGGAAGAUUUUGGGGGUAAUUAAAUAAAUAAAUCAUAGAGCGUGACUUAUCUCUCUGUUUUAGGCUUCUGCCCUCACUGGGGAACAGACUUCAUAAAACAUGAUAAACAAAUCACAGUCUUUAAAUUACAGCCCAAAUAAUGUAUCCGAUGUAUAAUCGCCCCUUUGGUCCAAAAAUGAUCAGAACUAAAACAUUUAACUCGUUAUGCAGAGGGAUUAAUUUAAAAUAUCGGAAAUCGUUCCACAUCAGUCAUAAUCAAUAAAUUACUGAACGUGUACAUUAUUUCUCUGAUUGAAGCUGUUAUUGUAUCAUAAACAGUGGCAGCAAACAUUCCUUUUUAAAUACAUACCUGCAAUGCAGUUUUAUUGGGAUAGCCUGAAUGACGCACAUUCUCUUCUCCCUUGGGGAUGGCCCAGCUCCCGGGUGUCUUAGUUCUCAAAGUAAAAUCCAUAUUAGUGCGCUUGGAUUGUGGCGAACGGCCAUCGAGUAACAAAAGGAAACAUUUUAUUGCAGCUUUCAAAGCGACACUUAGGGUACUCUACAGCUGCUGGACCACAGGCCUUGCUGAUGCGAGCACUUCUUUUCAGAGAGUUAUAUGCUGCUGUGCUGCUGCAGAAAUCUAAUAUUGUAGAGCACAUCAGCUGCCAAUAUUUGCAGGCUGCCAAUGGCGACUCUCUGCAGCCCUCAUGGCUGUCUUACAUUAUAUGCAAUCUGUGUUAUAUUUAAUUUCCUAAACACGUCCUUCUGAGGAUUAAAACAUUCUGUAGGCAAUACGAGAAGCCCUUUGCUUAUGUGUUUUGCUUUGACUGUUUUAUAUUGAAUUUUUUUAAAGGUGCUAUCCCAUCAACUCUGCAGGAUGAGGAAUGCUUAUAACUCAAUAGAACAAAAGAAAAAUAAGGCAGCUUGCUCAGAUGAUCAUCUUUUUUUCUUUUAAUAAAAUUUUUAUUGGUCACUGUGCAUAUAGUGAACACAAUUGCGGGAUAUACAAGCAUAAACAGUGAAGCCAUUUUUCAUAAAUUACUUUUGAGAUCAGACAGCCACGCAGGGCUGAGGAAGCAUAUGACGUGAAGGUUAACAAGGAUGCCAAGGUCAGCAAAAAAAUUGCAUAGCAAAUUGUACAAAUUAAGCGCUCCUAUAUAACCUAAAAUGGUGCCAUGUUCCAGUAAACCAUUCCCUUAAGGGUGUAGCAAGGUACACUUAUCGAAAUCUCUGUCUGAUUAAGCCCCUACCCAUUGGGUUGAACCAUAAUAGGGGUGUGCUCAGCUGCUCCCAUAGCCGUCUCACAGGCAAAGUAAAAACUGGAAUGUUUCCAGAAGGGAAAUAUACACAACCGGUGCCUCGAGACCUCUUAACCCAUGGGGCCGCCAUUCCUGUAUGUCAGAAGAGCCUGAAAGUCUGCAUGAGAUUGGGUGUGUCCCUGGGCCAUAAAUGUCAGUUCUUCCAUUUUGUCAAACCACAUUUUGGAGGGUGGAGGGGGUGUCCCCUUUUUUCCAAUAGAGGGGGACUACUUGUUUAGCUGUGUUUAAGAUUCAAAUUGACAUGGAUUUCAAAUUGACAUCUAGUUGUCGAGGUGGUGGUGUGCUGUAGGAGAAAAAGGAUGGAGGGUUGUCUGAGAAUUUCUGUAGGAUGGCAUUAAAUGCCAACCAGUAGGGCCUAAUUUUGGGGGAGGCCCACCAGACAUGCAUGAAAGUAUCUAAUGCGGUUUGGCAUCACCAACAGUCCCCUUCCAAAGCAGGGUUCAUGCUCUGAAAGAGGUGUGGCGUUCUGUUCCAUAGUGUUAGGACCUUAUAAGCUGUCUCCUCUGUUUUGCUAGCUAACACACAGUGAUGUACCAAAUCGUACAUUUUUCCCCAUUGGUUAUCGGUAAAGGUUUCCCCCAGAGCUACCUCCCACUUCCCUUCAUGUAACCAGGAGCUGGGAGGUUCAAUUGUGUUUGCAGUAUGGAAUACAAAAAGGACACAGCAGGUGGCUGUGUGUCAGGGUCGACACAAUAUCGUUCAAAAGUCAGGCUGUUGAGGAUGAUCAUGUUUGUUGUUACUGAAUUUCUCAGUAUCUUUAAACCUAAAGUUAUGUUUUCCAAAUCAGAAAUGCUCAGAUUUCUUUAUUCCCAUUUCAUUAUUGUUCUAUUACUAUAAAUUACGUGAUACCCAGAAUGUAAUCUAAAUAUAAUGUAAUGGAGGAGAGUGACGCUUGUUUGAAAGAUUACCUUGUGACAAGACAUGUUUACAUUCUCCAGUAUUACAUUCACCUACAUUCUUUAUUUCUAUCUUGAAAUUUGUUUAUACAUACAUUUCACAUCACAAGAAACACAUUUUUAGCUAUGAUAUAUGUACCUGACCCGCAGAUUUGGGAUUUCCCGUACGUGAAGAGAUGCUGUUGGGAUGCUCACCUUGAAUGCCUGGUGGAGAAGGCAGGAUAGAGAUGCCGAAUAGAUUAAACUACCCAGUACCAAAUUAGAAUCUUUACUUGAUGAUGACUUUCUAAUGUUUUACAGGAAACUGUUUUAUAAAUUGUUUAUUGUUAUAUUUGACUUUUAAGCAUUAAUAACAAUAUACAUAAUUUAACAACUUUUACCCACACAUCUGUCUGUCUGCAAAUAUAUAUUUCUUCUUUUUUAUAAAGCUUGUUGUACCAAGGAUGCACAGGCUACAAUAUACAUAUUUUUCCUUAAAUCUGCUUUAUGUUUUUUUUUUUUAAAUAAUUUUUUGAUACCAGCAAUAGCACGGGCUGGUUGUCUGCAUGUCUGUCUGCCCAUCCACCCAUCUAUCUACCUGCUUAUCUAUCUAUCAUCUAUUAUUAUUAUUGCAUUAUAUAUAUAUAUAUAGCGCCAACAGAUUCCGUAGCGCUUUACAAUAUUAUUAGAGAGGUAUCUAUCAAGCUAUCAUCUAUUAUUAUUAUUGCCAUAUAUAUAGCGCCAACAGAUUCCGUAGCGCUUUACAAUAUUAUAAGAGGGGUAUCUAUCUAUCUAUCUAUCUCUUUCAGUCCUGCUGUCACACAAUUGUAUCUAACAGGCCCCAGACAUCUUCUGCAGGUUGCUGUCGAUCCAGGAAUGUAUAUCAUUAGUGUAAUUAUUUGUAUGUACAAUGCAGCCUCGAGUUUCAUAGUCUCUAUUACUGCACUAUUGAACGAUAUGUAUCAAGGUGAAAUCUGCUCUAUUCGUUCAUGAAGUGUAACGCUCUGUUUUUAUCCAAGCGUAUUCCGCAAAUCUAGAAAUGAUUGAACUCGAUGAUGACUUGAAAUUAAAUAUUAAUAUUAAACGAGAUUGAGUUUCUACUAGAACCAGUCAUUACGCGAGGAAAGAAGACUAAAUGACUUCAGUUUAAAUAGUGUAUGCAGGAUAGAUGCCAUAGGCUGGGAGUGCGAUGUUGUUAUCCAAAUUUGGAUGAAGAAGAACACUGGGUUAAUAUUUCCAAAUUUACCAGUUAAUCAGUUAUCAUGGUCUUGGUCGAGAGUUGCUUAAGCUACACUACCACAUUGUUUCAUUUAAAAUAUACCAUUUAUUUUCCUCUUCAUCUCAAUUGAAAGACACAUGAUCUGCAUCAGGUUUCAGCAAACUUUGAAGUGUGACAUAGUGGCACUGGGCAACCCUUUCAUAUUAUGAAGAAUCUGAUAAAAGUAUUUUGGUGAAAAUGAUUUGUUUUGUUUUUUAAUGAUGUCAUUCAAGAAAGGUUUGCAGAGGUAAUUGUACAAAUGAAGAACAGUUUGGUAGGCUAAUGAUAAGUGUAUAAUUUGGAGCCAUGUUGAUAAACUUCAAGAAUCACUGUUCUUUUGCAGAGCAGUGACAGGCUCAGCUAACCUUUGGCUGGCUGAGCAUUAUGGAGUUAGGGACACCUAUUUACUAAUAUGGGAUUUACUUAACACCACACACUAACUUCAGACACUAAAACAACAAGCAGAGAAAGCUGCCUCAAUGGAGAGAAAAUCCCCACCUACAUACACCAGACAACAACUCCUUUGACCCUCAGCCAUCCUCUGGAUAAAGGAAUAUUUGUGAGUUAAAGUGCCACACCGACAUAGUAUACAUGCACAGAUAGCAAUGAUGAAGACACCUGCAUUUAUUAGUAUUUAUCCAGUGAUAUUGAUACAUUAUUUCAGAGAAGCCCAUCACUAUUAUUCUUCAUGUUAAUCCAUUUUCGAUGGCUGGUCUGUUUGCUGUGACUUGUAAGUCUGUUACUAUUUAAUUUAUUUGGCUGUCAGUCACCUGUCUUCCCUCACAGUGGGGGGUGAUACUCAAACUGGUGCACAGACUGCUUUAUCAGGUAUGUCUCCACAGAAUUACGGGAUGCCUGCAAACCUAACAGCUACACACACAUGUCAGCGCAUGUCAUCUCCAUGGAAACCAUCACACAUGUAAAAUAAUAUAUAUAAAUAAAAAAAUGAAUAGAAAAGUAAAAUGACAGGGAAAAGAUAUAGCACUCAACGGGCCCGAGCACUGUGAUCAGUGAGACUGGCAGGUAUUAGAAGAAUAUAUAUAAUUAAAUAAGAUGUGGAAUAAAAGAUGAGAGGCGUGGAGGGUGGGGGAGUCGGGAGACACAGGGAGAGAAAGAGACGAGAAAGAAAAAAGAGAAGAAAGUGACAAAUUUAAAGAUGUGCUCAUUGCUGUUUAAAUCACCAUUCAUUGCCUUUAUUAAUGUCUAAAUAUCUGAAGUGUGAUGACACAGAUAUUCAAAUUAAGUAAACGUGGAUUUAAGUUAAGUAAACGUAUCAUUUUACUGAGCCUAUACUCCAAAGGAUCCAGAACAGGUGACGUGUCCAUUUGAGCAGUGGCAACAUUUUUUUUAAUUUUAGCUCUCUUCCAUUUGUGUGGGAACUUCAAAAAAUCUGAGGUUGGGGAGGGGCAGAAUUUGACUAACCCGAGCACACCCUACAAGGACAGGGAACCUUCGGCACUCCAGAUGUUGUGGACUGCAUCUCCCAGAAUGCUGUUACUGCCAUAAUGCUGGCAAAGCAUCAUGGGAGGUGUAGUCCAAAACAUAUGGGAUGCCGAAGGAUGCCAUUACUUUAUACAACCAAACAUUGUAGAUUAUCAGCGAGGAGACUGUACGUAGCAUUAGGUCUGUGAUAUUUUUUGUAUUUCUGUGUGCCAGGUAUAUUGAGGAAUUUGGAUGUUUACAGUGUUAUUAGAAUUUUUUGGGGAAAAAAAGAGUGGAUUCUAUAUUUCUUUUUUGCCAUUUUAAGCAGCCUGACCUCAUCCUUUGUACGUACAUAAAUAUGCAAUUUCUCACAUAAAACACAUCACAGCAGUAACAGAUAUUUUCAUCCAAAAAAAGGUACAGUAAUUAUUAGCAAAAGGUUUUUCACACUGAAUUUACUUUGCAUCUCCUUGUUAAAAUGUAAGUGGUUUUUAAAAGCUAUUAAAAGCUGAGUGAAAUAAAAAUGCGUGGUAUUGUCUCUGAGCGCAAAUAGGAUUAAUUGUAUAAGAGCAGGUCUUGACUCUGGGAGGGCAGAGGUACAAGAAGAUCUUAGAAGCCAGACGAAGCUGGUUGAGAAUUGCAAAGGUGACUUCUUGAUCUACGUUCAAUAAAUCUUCAUGAAAUUCGGAGGGGUAUAAUGUACAAAACAAUUUUUUAUUUUUUCAAAAGUGUUACAUUAUUGUGAAUUUAAUUUAAAAGUCAUGUGAUUUUAGUUGCCAGUGUUUACGGCACUACAUAAAAAAGUAUGAAGUGAUUAAAUUGGGUAUCAAUAGAUGGUAGAUUGUACUGAAUUAAAAACUGUAUUGCAAAGUAUAAACCAAAAUAACGUAUCCAGCUUAACUAAAGUUACAGCUUCUGUAAUAAAGGAUAUUUCAUCCUUAAAUUGCAAUUUAUUUUUCAUUUCACUAUAAUUUGGUCAGAAAAAAAUAAAUAAAAAUAGGGUUUCUGGUAUUGAAACUUUUUAAUGCGGACAUCACUGUGGUCCAUUUAUAGAACAGUGAUUUCAAUCAGUUUUCAAUUCACUACAUAACACUGUUUAGUGAAUAGGCACCUUUGCAUUUGAUCCAACGAGCCACUAGGAGACUAGUACAGCCAUCCAGAGGUUGCGGAUUGAUACUCUAUUAAUAUAUUUUUAUUCGUGAUAUAUAAAGUGAUACAUAAGAUUCUCACGUUUUGAUUUCUGAUUUCUUCCUUAGAGCCUGUGUUAUCCUGGGGGUGAUCUUCAUCUUUUCAGCCCUCUGCAUUGUGGUGAAAGCUAUUCACGAUCUCGCUAUUCGAGUGCUCCCAGAAGUGGUAAGUUGCUGGGCAUUGCUAGAGAUUAAUGACACUAACAUUGGUUUUUACUUACAUACAUGCAUAAGGGGCUCUGCUCAUUGGGUCUAUUGCUGAUCCCCAAUGCUGUCAAUAUAGUACGUGUCUGUGGCGGAACAGACCUCUCCACGUGUUCUUGGAGGGGGCUGCUUGCCCGCCUCCUACCUUCUGACUAUGGCCCUGGGAUAUAUGGCAUUUGAAAACACUACUUGUGCCCUGUGACAAAACUGGAGAUUGUGCACAAAUAUGACUAUUGUCCAUAUUUUUUAUGAUUCCCUUUGUUUGUUGCACUGUUCCCCAUGUGUUUCAUCUGUUGGUUCGGCUGGAUAGACUACCAGACAAACUGUGGAGUUACUGGGUGGCCACCAUUUCAUGUAUCAGAGGCACAUGGUGAGAACAAUGGAUGAAGCACAUGGUCAGAACAAUGGAUGGUGGCCAUUUUAACUCACAGACACUGUUUUGACUUUUCUACACGGUGCCAUCUCACCGGUAUUUGGUGCAUCGUUCAAUAGUUUUAAACUACAGAACAGGGCACACAUUUAACAGUAAUUAUUUUUCAUAUAGCCUGUAUAUGUUCUGCGGAAUCUGCAUUAAACCGUACUACUACUUCCAAACUACUGAACGGAUCUGUGUGAAUUUUGGAUAUGUGGUUCACCCAGAUCUCCCGGUCCCGGUUUUAUGGGGUUAUUGCAUGUUUUGGGGUCCCUGUGAUAGGUUUUAUAAUACUGUAUUUUCCUGCCUGUGAUAAUUAAGUUAGUCUAUUGUGUUGAGAUAAUUGUAUCACAGGCAGAGGGGAGUAUUUCUGAUGUAAUGAAUGGGAGUGUUAGCUGUGUUGUAAUGUGUUGAUUGGUUGUUCUUCAAAACCCUGUGGCAGUACUAUGUUUGUAGAAUGUGAAUAAAAGAGGCUGCAAGGUGCCAGUACAGUCAGUUCUACUUCACCCUCAAUUUGGAGUGCCGUCUCUUAUUGGGAGAAUCUGCUACAAGGGAUUGCUAUGCUCUGCAUACUCUCUAUGUAUUCACUGCUAGCUCUUAUAAGAGCUUGUUCCUGCCUUGCUCUUUGGAGGAGUCUACGGGGGUUAUCGUCUCUGCUGCAGUGCUUGGAGUCCUCAUGAAGCGCUAGGAGCAUCCUUCAAAGGAGGUACCCAGUCAGGAUGCCCGUCGAUCCGUUACAGUUUCCUCAUUGAAUGUGUGUACGCUCACCAAGUCACUAUGCCAACUUUUACCUACCAAAUAAAAAUAACCCUUCGACACUAAAGGAUUCCACCAAAAAACACCAAAGAAAUUGGACUGUGAAUCAAAUCAUAGUCUGCUUCACUGAACCCCUUCAAUACUAAAAUUAUAAACAUUUUUGUUUUAAUGUUUUUUGCAGUAAAAAAUGUAGACCAUAAAACCUCCCUCGCCUUCAUUUGUAAUCUAAUUAAUAUUACCAGCCUGUAGAGGAAUACAUUUCACUAGUCACUGACAUAAUGCCUGUAAAGUUGUGUAAAGCAUGUAAACUCACCCUCUGCUUUCAAACAGUACAGGAGGUUUCAAUGGAUCACAUUAUUCCUACCGUCAGGGAUGGGAAGGAGUGAAUGGACACUACCAUUUCACUUUUUGCAUUACAUUAACAGUCCAGAGAUUGAUAAAGAUUGCUAUAGCAGUCUUAAAUACAUUUAUUAUACAAAUAUAUGAUUUAACUGUGUUUACUGUAUGUGGGCGUUAUACUCAAUGCAGACAUUCUUUUCACAUUCUGUUGCAUUUUCAGUCAGCUGCCCUGCAUGUAACGCCUUCAGGUCCAUACAAAUAUCUAUAAGCAAGGUAUUUAACCAUCUUAAUAUAACAACUUUUGUCAUAUCUGCAGUAUUUUUGCUUUUAUACUAACAUUUCAAACCCUGUGUGAAAUAUUGCAAGAUAAAAGACUUUCUAUACUGUCUAAAGCGUUUCAUUAGCCGGGUGUUUUUUUGAAGGUGGAACGAAUAAGUGAAAAAUACAAAUUGUGUAAAUUUACCUAAUUAAAAAUUUUAAGUUUGUCUUUAAAGCAAUCAAUACACAAAUCACUGUGUUAUGAUAUGUUUAAAUGCUGGCUGUGCAUCCCUUGCUUCAAAUAAAUGUGAUGCUAAUAUUUUUACAAUCAAAAAGUGUUUGGUAGUGAAGAGGUUGAUCACCAAAAUAUGAUUAUUAAAAUGUUUCUAAAAAUUUUUUUUUUUUAAUGUACUUAAACUAUUCAAGAUUUAUAUCAGUGGACCUUUUGGAGUUUUUUUUUUCUUUUCAACUAAUACCGUAGUGAUCUGACAUGUAUUCGAUUCCAUCGUUUCCAAGAUGUAACCCCCUCCCCUCACGCCAUGUGAUCUCCGUCUGUUAUCUCUAUUGGAUUCUGUUAAUUAAAAUAAUGAGAAUGACAUAAUGGCACAAGUUACCAACAAGAAGAAUAUCUUGUCAUGACAUAUCAGUUCAGUUUCACGAUGAAAUGGGAAUAAUUACAUUUCCUGUAUCACUUAAAGACUCAGUCAUUGAUUAGUGAAAAAUAAAUUGAAUUAAAAGGCCAAUUGUCUUUUGACGGCAGCUCCAUUCUUUUAAAUGAAAAUACAGGCGUUUUUCCACAAUAAGUUAAAUUUUUUCAUCAGUUUUGUUUUACAAAAAUAUAAAGAAAAAUGUCACCUCUCUCUGCGUUUUCUAUGUUCUACCACAUAAAUAAUGCCUUUCUGAAUGGCCUCAAGUGUGAUCACUUCAGUCUAGACUUGAAAAAAGGGCUCAUUUUAAACAGUUGAAAUUUGCACAUUGGCACUUCCAUCAGCCCUUACAGGGGUCAGAUGGGCACUUGAAACUGGUGGGUUAUUUACUUGAGGCCAUAAUGAAGAUCAGACAUGAAAGUAAAAGAACUCCAGGUCCUAUAACCAUUUUAUCUCAUUGAGUUGGUUAUAGCGUCUGGAGUCACCUGGCAUUGUCCCUUCAUUCCGUGUUAAACAAUUUUCAAGCAGGUUAACAGUGAAUGAGGAUCAGCUACACUUAGCCUGCCCCUACUGGAGGUGUGGCUACAGCAAAGAUUGCACACUUCCUUAUAGCCAAUUCUUACUAGGAAUGAACAUCUGAUACUCUCAGCCAAUCACAGUCGCCCGUUGCUGCUCUGGUUAAUGUUUGUUUAUUAUACCAAGCAGCACAGACAGGAAGGGCUGCUGGGGACUCACCUUUAAUAUUAAAACAUUAAAAUGGUUUAACAGAAGGAUGACACUAGGGGACUCCAGACACUAUAACUACUUUAAUGAGAUAAAGCAGUUAUAGUGUAUACAGUGUCCCAUAAAUGGUUUGAAACGUGUUUUCAUUUCUCUUUUACUUUCUUACUCUACAUUGCAAUCUAAUAUUGUUUUCAGGAGUUAUGCACAAAAGGGACAAAUACUAGAACCACAGAUAUAUCACGUGGUUCAUGAAUAAUGGUCAGCAUUGAACACAAUAAAAUUAUAUGGAUUGGUGGGAUUUCCUCACUAACACACUAGAUCAGGGAUAGGCAACCUUCGACACUCCAGAUGUUGUGGACCAUAAUGCUCUUACUCCCAUAAUGCUGGCAAAGCAUCAUGGGAGGUGUGGUCCAAAACAUCUGGAGUGCCGAAGGUUGCCUAUGCCUUCACUAGAUUAUGGUCCCUUAAUUGCUGAAUUUCAGAAUUUUGGCUAAAAAGAAGAAGGUUCUCAAAUAAGUCAGUGCUAAAAAUCGAUGGUUUACAAGAUGGUUUGUGUUUGUACCCAUUGUACGCUGCUUUGGAUUAUGUUGGUGCUUUAAAUAAAGUAGUGAUAAUAACGUAGUGAAAUGUAUUCAUCUCCAUUGUUUUCAUGUGACACGAAUUCUAUUCUUGUCUCGCCUUGUUGUACGCUGUUAAUUAGCAUAGAAAGGUCUGAGCGUUCUGUCUACACAGCUGAUAGCACUUCGCUAAUUAAAGAAAGUUGAAAUAAAAUAAGCUUCUGUCUGCUUACAUAGGGAGGGAGAGAGUGGCGAGGGAGACAGAGAGUGGGGGAGCGGAGAGAGAGAGGGAAUGAGAGAGAGAGAGAGAGAGAGAGAGAGAGGAAUGAUUCUAAGAGAGAACAUAAAGAGGAAGAUUUAUCAAAGAGAAAUAGUUGCUGUUCUGUUGUAAAGUUCUAAAUGUUGCUAGGAAUUCCAUUGGUUUCUAGGGUGAUUCUUCUUUGCCCCAGAAUUGCACAUGGCUUUACCUCGAUAAUUCUCUUACAUAGUGUAAAAACACCUGGAGGACCAACGUCUAAUGGAAACAAAUGGAAUGAAAAGCUUCAUUCCACUGGUGAUUGCUCCAUUUUCCCAACUUCCCAACUUUGCUCCACUUUUUGAUUAUACAUUUCUAAACUCUCCCCCCCCUCCCAUUGUAUCCAAAGCUUAAAAUAACACUCUGAUGUAGUGGUUAUGGUGUAUGGAGUGUCCUGGCAUUGCACCAGUGUAACCAGUCAAACCAUUUAAGAUGGGUUUGACAUCCUACUUGGGUUUCACAGUGCGCCUGUGAUUGUAUGCCCUGCUUAUGGCCUUCUCCUGCAGAGGAAUCUGGUUAGCUCUACUGAGCCAAGCAGGGCCAUGUUGGACCAUGCUGAUUGGCUGAGCGUAUGUGCCUAGCUGAAUAAAGCCACCCGGGCACUCUUAUAAUAUAUUCCAGACCGUAGUCUUCAAGAGAGAGAAAAUGUCAGGGGACAGCUGUGUGUUCCUGUGUUCCUUGGUUGGGAUAGGACAAAAAAAUGCUCCAUUAGUAAUUGAAGAAAAGUGCGUUGGUUGCAACAUCUACAUUCUAUAUUCAGAAACCAGUGGAAUAAAUAGAAAUAUUCCAGCCUAAACGAGAGAUGCUUUUUUUUUUAGAUGUUAGCUUGUCUCAUUGAUGAUUUAAGCAGCCAUAUGAUUUCUCCAGCUAGCGAACUUGAUUCCUGAUAACAAUUGCCCAUCUGGUUGGAAAGAGAUCAAAAUAGGGAUUUCCAAAAAAAAAAAAAAAAAAAUGAUUGCAGACCCUUCUUUAACAAAUAUGGCAUCUGAACAGUUUUUUUUUUUCUUUUCACUUUUUUUCCCCUCAGUAUUUUUACCAUUGUUCAGCACAUUUAUUUUUCUGCUGACGAUAUGUAACGUAAAUCUUUUCCUAUAAGUUUGCCAUGGAAAUGAAUUGAUGAUGAUGAUGCUAAAAGCAUUGGUUGACUACUGGCUUCUUCCCAUUAAAUUGCGCCAGCCCUACCUGAAUCCUGAUGCCGGGUAUAAAGUUUUGUGGAUAACACAAUAAUAUAUAAAACAUUGAUAGCGUAUUAAGGUGAAAUUGUAAUUCUAAUUAUAAGGCACUCCUGGUUAUCUCCAAGGGACACUCUAAGCACCAUAAUCACUACAGUUUAAUGCAGUGGUUUUGGUGUAAAGAGCCUGUCCCUGUACACUUUUGUACGUAAACAUUCCUUUUCAGUGAAAAAGCAAUGCUUAUACAUUGAUCUUUAAGAACGCCUCUGCCAUUCAAACAUUCUUUAGAGUCACAGUCCUUAAUAAGGUGCACCUCUGUGAGCAGUGCGAUGGAAGCUGUGCAUGAUGCUUCUAUAUUGGAUAAUGUGAGAUUAUCAUUUAUCAUGAGGAUCUCUGCAAGGGUGAUGAGGUGGUCAGGUCCCCCUUUACAUAUAUUAUAUGUAAAGGGGGGCCCAUCCAGGAAUAAAUUGUAAUGUUAGAAAUUUGUCUUGCUGUAUAUGUAGAGGGCAGCACUGUUUUUUUGACGUUUGUGAAACUGGCAUUUAUUACUCAAACCUGACCCUAGCAAAGCCAACUGAAGUAGAAUUCAUCAGUAAUAUUUAUGAAUAAUUUAAGGGUUAACCUGAAGCAGUCAUAGCUGAUCUUGGCACUCCGAAUACCAGAGAACUACAUUCCCCACAAUUCUCGGGCUCAGCAAGACUGGCUGGAUUUAAUGAGAAAUGUAAUUCUCAAAUGUCUGGAAUGUUAAGGUUACAUGUAGUGGCCAGGAAAUGUACAAUAAAAGAUAAUAUAAGACGUCAGAGCGUUGUUCUGCCAAAUUUAUUCAGACUCAUUCAUAAUUCAUUCCUGAAGUGAAGGCAGUCAUUGAGCAUAGGGAGGAGCAAUUAAAUCAUGGAAUACAAUUUUACAGUUAUGCCAUUAUUUCAAGAAUGAAUAUUUAAUUUUAAUUUUAGAAGAGACUUUGGCAUUCUUAGCAGUAAUUAUAGAGCAAACUGGGCCAGUAUCUCGGGGCUUCAAUAUAUCAUAUUGUAUAUAGUAUUUAUUUAUCAGAUUUUUCCAUAGACAAAGAGAUAACACUGGCAAAUUAUAAGUAGCAAUAAAUAAGUUAAUGGUAGUAUAGUCCAGUAUUAUACGCAGGAAUAUUCAUCUUCUGACUUUCCAGUCGAUGUGAUAAAUACUUUUUUUUGUGCUGCCUGUUACCUGCAACUAAAAGUGCCACUUCUAAAACUACAGCCACACAAAGCCAUUUCAAUAGAUAUUUUAACUUAAAGGGACACUCCACAUACCUGAAGCAUGUUAGCUUACUGAAGAGCUGUAUGCAUGAAGAGUGUGUCUGCUCUCUUUUUUAUUUUACAAAAAGUACUGAUUUCAGCAGAAAUUUACACUUUUAUAGAUUAACUUUGUUACACCCCCACCUAGCUGCCAAUCAGACAACUGGUCCUGUUAUUUCCUGGCUUCGUUAGCCCUUGCAGAGACUUCUCAUUGAGCUGCAUUGGGAAGUCUGUGAUUGGACAGCCACAGAAAGUCUGGGCGGGGUUAGAAGGGGAGGGUUUUGCAAGGGCUGCAGACAAGAGAUCUGCAGAUUUUGCAAGCUAUUUUAGAUCUACCCCAAUGAUAAAAUGCAUAAUUAAAUAAACACACGUAAGCAGACAAGCUUAUUUUAUUCCAACUUUCUUUAAUUAGUGCUUUAUUUUGUAUUGUCAGUUGAAUGUCCCUAAAAACAAAUUUAAAAUGCCCCAAUCAUAUUUUUCUACCUCUGCUGCCCCACACAAAGGAUACUCCCCUUCCAGUGUUGCCAAAAAUUUGCACCCCCAAGUUAAUAUCCCAUUUCUCCCCAUUUGAUAUUCCCCAAGCAUCCCUUCAAUGUCAUAUUCACCCACUGCAAUGCCACUCGCUAUCAUAUCCCGCAAUUAUCAGUGCCAGGGAUAUUCUCUCUCAAUUCUUUCCCACCUAGGCCAUACUCCCCAAUUCAUGUUUACCAAGCCAUUUCCCCUGAUAUUUUGCCUGCCCUCUCCCACAUCCUAUGUUUUUUUAGACAAGAAUGAUCUACUAAUACAUGAAAAAGGUUCUGGCAUUUUUAAAAAAAGUAAGUAAGAAAGAAUUUUUAAAAUUAUGUUACCUUCUCCCCUGCACUUACCAAAUAUCUGUUUGGGUGGUCUGAAAAAUUAAAUAAUACAUAGAAUUCUACGCUGCUGAAUUUACCUGUAUCCUGAAACCGGGGGCCUCCAUCUUGGCUCCCUCUCGGUUACUGUUAUAUGUUCAGCCCUUUGCACCUGGUAGUCAGCAUAGAGAGAGCUGGAGAAUUGAAAACACUUUUUCUAUAUCUCCUCCCACACAACAAUGCGUGCCUUGACAAUGCCAAGACCAAACUGGAUUGUGAUGACAGUUGCUACAUUUUUCAUAUAUCUUUAAAAAAAAAAAAAAGACCAUCACAGGAAAAAGGUUAGUACAGGUUGUAGGUGAUUGUCAUUGUUUGUGUGUUGGUCUGAUUCACCCUUUAACAUUUAUAUAGCAUUAAUUUAUGCCAUUGCAAAGACUUGGAAUCAGAUUUUCUUUAAAGCCUUUUACGUAAAACAGAUUCUGUGAAUUGAAUUCCCAAAGAAAAAGAUGAAUUAUCAUUUAGAUGUGACAAGCAGGCAGGGGAUUUGUGAAAAAGCCACAAACGAGGGUAGAGUGAAUUAGUGACCUGUACAUAAAAGAAUUGACUAUAAAUAUAGAUAGAGUAACGUAAAUUGCAAUCAAUGUGUUUUAUUGAUUUGUGUGAAUUAGUGCUGCGUCCCCCAUGCAUGUUAAAGACUAGUGUAGUAGGGUAAUGGAGUGUCACUAACAAUAUGGGUUCGAAGCAAUGAGAUUACGGCGCUGGGAUAUUGCGCUUGGUAUUUGUAUUUUAUGCAUCUCCGUAGUGUGAAUAAAUUGAGCCUGGGAUCUGUGAGAAGAAUAGUAAUGGAGAACACGACUAAAAUAUUUCCUUUGGGGACUGCGUCGGAUCAGAACUCAACAAGCAGGACCGUGUUGGUGGGGAGAGAGACUGGAGACGUUAACCUUUUCACUGGCAGAAGGGGUGUACAAUGCUUUCAUAUUCAGACUAAAUGUAAAACAAAAAUAUAAAAGUGCAAUGUAUUGAAAUGUACUAUAGAAUGAGAAGAUGCCGAUCUGUGUGGCUGUUUAUCAUAUUGUCUAGAAAUGAUACAUGGAUGCAGAUAUCUAGGAAUCUAUUUUAGAAUCUAGCAAUUGGCAAUCUUGCAAUCAUAUAAUCUAUCCAUUCACUGUCAAUUAAUAUGUGUAUAUAAUGAUCUGUCAAUCCAUCAUAUGAUCUAUCUAUCUAUCUAUCUAUCUAUCUAUCUAUAUGUAACAGGCCCACAGCAUACCUCCCAAGUGUCGCUAUUUAGGAGGAACAGUCCCUAUUUUAGGAACAAAUCCAGCUGUCCCUCUUUUAUAUCCUAAUAUCUCUCUUAUCCAUGUUGUUGGUGUGUCUGAUUGUAUCACAGAGCUCCACAGCAAUAAUACUCCCAGUAAUAUGUCUUUAACUACAAUAAAAAAUCAGACUGUGUAAAUAAGAUACAUUGUUCUUAUUCUAAAUAAUAUUUUAGUCUCAUAAAUGGCAUCCUCCCAAUAGUCCAGAUUUUUGGGUCGUGUCUCGCCACCCAGCCUUAGUUCCCUGCUGUCCUGCUUUUGGGGGCCUCAGGUAACUCUCCCCAGCAAUCAUAGUGCAAGCGCAUCAUUAGAAGUGCUUGUUCAAUGUUCAGGAUCCCAGGAUCCUUCGGGUAGCACUAAAACCGUGCUUCCUGCAUGUUCUGCCCUCGGUGGGCUGACUAAAUGAUUGGCCAGCAGUGUGCUGUGGAUUCACAGGAUAUUUAAAUUGCCUUAACCCCUUAAGGACACGACAUGUGUGACAUGUCAUGAUUCCCUUUUAUUCCAGAAGUUUGGUCCUUAAGGGGUUAAUAUUACCAAUAGACCUAUUUGUAGAUAUAUAUAUAUACAGGUGCUAAAACAGCUCUUGAUGUAUGGGCAGCCCUGAUUGGCUGCCCAGCCAGUCAUCUUGGCACACGCACACCAGGGUGAUGUACCUCCGUUCUGGACGGAGCUUCCUGGACACACUCACCUGUUGCCUCUGCCCCCCACAAUGUGGGCAGGUCUUUAACAGCAAAGAAAAUGUUAUUAAGUAAUGAGCAUAAUAAAUAACCUAACCAGGAGAGAAGACAUGAAAUGAGGAUAUAAUAAAUGUGAUGUUUAGAGGAUAUCUAAAAAAUGUUAAUCGUAAAUAAAAUAAAUUAUCUUUUUUUCUAAAUAAUUAAAAAGCAAUUUGGAAAAGAAAGAUGGAUUAGAGAAGAUUAUAGAUGUGUUAUGUAUUUCUGUUUUGGAUUCCUUUGUUGGAUUUUGAGUAAUAAAAAUAUUUUUGUGAUUGCGUUUAUUUUCAGUGUGACAUGCAAUGCAGUCAGUAUUCCGUCCUGGUUUUAAUGAAAUAAUUUAUAUAACAGGCAAGUUCUAUGACUGCCGAUCAGAAAGUAUGGCUUUAAUUAAAUUGAAAUACAAAGGCUGACAUUAAAAAAUAUUAUGGUUCUUUAUAUAUAUAUAUACUGUGCAUGCAUACUGUGUGCUUUCUAACAUUAACCCUUUCUUUUUCAGGAUAACUUUCUGUUCAGCGUUUCUAUUUUGAGCGGCAUUCUCUGCUCACUCUUGGCUGCAGCAAAAAUCAUGCUAGGAAGGGUCUUAACAAGCCGAGCGCUCAUAACAGAUGGUAAGUGACAAAACAGAAUUUCUUGGAUUCUACAUUGUGUUUUAUGCGUGCUUAUGUGUACAUCGAACGCCAAUUUAUUAUUAGUAGUAGUAUUUACAGAGCGCCAACAUAUUCUGUAGCGCUUUACAAUUAUACCAGGGGGAAGAGGUGAGGAAAGUUCUGCUCAAAUGAGCUGACAAUUAAUGAGGAUUUUGUGGAAGGCGGAAAAUAUAUAACAACAGUCGAUAUAUAUUUAUAAAUGGUCAAGGAAACAACUGUUAAAAUAUAUUUUUGGCACAUUUUCUGCUUGUGCCGUAUCCAGCCUUUUUCAAUAAAUUAAUUUUAAAAUGUUGACAGUCUAGGAAUAAAGAGACAACAAUUCCCUGAUGUCCUAAAUGGAAUGUAUCAACCUUUAUAUCUAGGAAGAAUGCUUCUAAGUGGCCCUGGAUGUACAUCCAACUGCAGCUCGUAACAAACACUUGAAAUUGCAAUUCUAUGUAUAAAAUCCAAAACCUAAUGACAGAAAUUCAAGUUUUAUAACAUGUUCUGAAACUCUCACUCUCCAGUUUACUGGCUGUCUAUUAAAUGUCAAUCAGAUAUCUCCAAACCAGUCGCCACGGGCACUAUCAGUGCUUUAGAAUUUUUCUAACAUAUAGUUAAUGAAGGAUCCUGGUAUAUUGCUAAGCAAUGUGUGAAUAAUAACCUGAAUACUGGCAAAAUUAUUUACUAAACAAGUAAUUUUUUAGAAGAAUUGCAACGGUUUGACCCCUAAGCUGGAUCCCAGCGCUAUGAUGCUCUUUGGUGGUCCAGUGAUGCACUUCUCAGCAGUUCAUUAUCUGAGGACAUAAAAUGAUCACUUUAAACCAAAGGCUGACAUUCUGUGCAACAAAAGUUACCCAGAAUUGAUAUAAACCAGUCCGAAACUUUAGUUGCAGGCUGGCUGAUGACAUCCAAAUGAUGCUGAUGGAGGUUAAAUCUGUAUUUCAUAGCACCAAUGACGCUGAUGAAGGUUAAAUGUGCAUCUCAUAGCACCAAUGACGCUGAUAUAGGUUAAAUGUGUAUCUCAUAGCACCAAUGACGCUGAUAUAGGUUAAAUCCGUAUUUCAUAGCGCCAAUGACGCUGAUGGAGGUUAAAUGUGUAUUUCAUAGCGCCAAUGACGCUGAUGGAGGUUAAAUGUAUAUUUCAUAGUGCCAAUGACGGUGAUAUAGGUUAAAUAUGCAUCUCAUAGCGCCAAUGACGCUGAUAUAGGUUAAAUAUGCAUCUCAUAGUGCCAAUGACGCUGAUAUAGGUUAAAUCCGUAUUUCAUAGUGCCAAUGACGCUGAUAUAGGUUAAAUCCGUAUUUCAUAGUGCCAAUGACGCUGAUGGAGGUUAAAUCCGUAUUUCAUAGUGCCAAUGACGCUGAUGGUGGUUAAAUCCGUAUUUCAUAGUGCCAAUGACGCUGAUGAAGGUUAAAUGUGUAUUUCAUAGUGCCAAUGACGCUGAUGGAGGUUAAAUCCGUAUUUCAUAGUGCCAAUGACACUGAUGGAGGUUAAAUGUGCAUUUCAUAGUGCCAAUGAUGCUGAUGGAGGUUAAAUGUGCAUCUCAUAGCACCAAUGACACUGAUAUAGGUUAAAUCCGUAUUUCAUAGUGCCAAUGACGCUGAUGGCGGUUAAAUGUGCAUUUCAUAGCGUCAAUGAUGCUGAUGGAGGUUAAAUGUGCAUCUCAUAGCACCAAUGACGCUGAUGGAGGUUAAAUGUGCAUUGCAUAGUGCCAAUGAUGCUGAUGGAGGUUAAAUGUGCAUCUCAUAGCACCAAUGACACUGAUAUAGGUUAAAUCCGUAUUUCAUAGCGUCAAUGAGGCUGAUGGAGGUUAAAUGUGUUUUUCAUAGGGUAACACCACACAUACAAACUGUAGUCACCAUAACAACUUCAAAUCACUGAAGUGGUCAUGGUGCUUAAAGUAACUAUUUAAGGAAUAUCUUUUGUUAUUUUUUUUUUCUUGGCUUUCAAGUGCAAUAUUUUAACUAUAUUUAUAUGUAUACAUUCUCUAACAAUUUUGGACCAAAAAGGGUUAAUGCAAAAAUUCUAAUUUUAUAAUAUAUGUUGGUCAUCGUGAAGUAUUUGAAGAACUAAUUACAUCUUGGGUUUUUAACAGCAGUGGGAUGAAGCUAGCUUACCAUAGAAAGCUUACUAAAAUGUAAUGUUACAUGCAUGUGUAUGUAUGUGGGUAGAAAACACGUAAGAACAAGAUAUAGCCAGAUGCCUUGACACAGAUUGGCGAUAAAGUAGUUGCAUUAAAAGUAUCAAAAUGUCCUUCGAUUGAUACCUUGGGAUGUCUACUUUCUACAAACAUAUACUUUUGUGCAGUUUGUCAAAAAAUAUAUUUUUUGAAUAUUUCACAUUUGUAUUAAAAUAUAUUUUUGGUGCCUACUUUUUUUGUUAUAGACAUAUGGAUCAUCAAACAAAAGCCUCAAAUUCUUUAAAAAUAAAAAAAAAAUAAAAAAUGAUAACAGUUUUAAAACAGAUGUACGCACUGAGAAUGUUUUGAUGGGGUUAAGUUGGAGCUGCACGAGCCAGCCCUGGUUGGCUCUCAUUAUGAACAGAGAAGGAAGCUGCGGCAAGCUCGGGUCGACAGAUGUUCAAACUAAACUAAUACAAUUUUAGUGCAGCCAUGGAUACAGGCGCAUGUUCUCACAGUGGAUGGGGUACGAGUUCAAUACACAGAGGAAUAGCCCUCCAAUCUGCAUUUGUUGUUGUAUAAAGCACUAAAAGGCAUCUGGGAAUUAUUUGUAACCAAAAUAGAAUCUGCUAUGACAGGGCAGCCAAGGCUUAGACUGUGUAUUUCUGACCUGGUUGAAAGGAUUGCAGGUUAACUGAUAUAAGAAAUCAAAGGGCAGGACCUGUACACAAAUAUUUAGUAAUUACCUUCAGGUGGUGUAUGGGAAAUUAUGUCCUGAACUGCUAAGAGAAUAGAUCUGUGUCACUAGAGGCACACAUCUCCCGUUCUACCAAUGGAACAAAAUACAAUUUUGUUGAUAUAGAAGGGCUCAACAAUCAGACUAUGUUCAUCAUCUGAGACUUAGCAGCAAUAAUCAUAUUUAUUGUAUCUGUGUGUUUAUUACAGGAUUCAACUCUCUGGUUGGAGGAAUUAUGGGAUUUUCCAUUCUUCUAAGCGCAGAAGUGUUUAAACAUGAUAGUGAUGUCUGGUAUCUCGACGGCUCCGUAGGAAUUCUAAUUGGAUUCAUAAUUAUGGCGUAUGGUGUCAAGUGAGUGACCUCCUUUUCCUGUGGAGUUAGAUAACAUGAUCUGAGGGUUGUCAAGUUAUUUACAGAUAGACCGUGAUCUGAAAAUAUCACAUCUGUCUAGUUACUAAAAUAAGCACAGUGGAGAAAGGCUACAAUUAGAUGUUUAGUAAGUAAAGGUUUAAUAAGUUUUUUAAUUUUUUUAUUUACUCAUUUGGGCAUUAAUUUGGAAGGCUUGUUCCCAGUUCAGCAUAUAGUUAAGUUUAUAUUUCUAAAAAGACAACUCUCCCAGCAUUGAUAGAUUAAUAAAUCAAUGAAUUGUCAUGAUAUUGUAGAGAUCCUGUUCAUAUUGCAGAGAUCCAGACAUGUUGCCCAAUAAAUUCAUCUAGCCUUCACCAGAAUGUGUACCUUAGAGGAAUGACCCUAUAACUGGUGGACAUUCCCACGUGUCUGGACACUAUUGUAUUUUAAUUUGCCUGGUGAGAGUGAUGAAGAGAUGCUGGCCUGUUGUUCAGAGGCUCAUGGCUGCAUCCUUUGUAUGAACACAUACCUUUGAAAGGAACAUGAAUUACUAUUGUCCAUGGUGAAUUAAAGAGACGAUGCAAUAUUACAUUUUAGAAUUAGUUGAGCUUUAUGUGGUAUAUUCUAUCAUCCUUUGGCUCAGAUUACAAAAAGAAGACCAGGAAAAGUCUCAUAUGUAGUUUUAUUCACUCCAUCAUGUCCCACCAAAAUGUGUUGUAUGGCUUGUUCAAGAAGAGGAGAGGGAGACACCUGUAGCUAUCUUUCUUUCUGCUGUCUUAGAACUAUUUGAAGCCAUGUUUCCAGUGCCUGGGGGUCACAUCCCACUUCCACCAGUUAUAGUAAUGAUACCGAGUGCUUUCCUCUGUGACCUACAUUGUUUAAUGUCAUGCCACGUAGAAAACCCUUUAAUCUAGUUUUACACAAUUAACAAGCAAUAUGUCUAUUUCCUUCUCACUCAGAUUGCUGAUUGACAUGGUUCCUCGGGUCCGACAGACACGUCACUAUGAAAUGUUUGACUGAAGAAUUUUAAAAUGUAAGGAGCAUCAUACAGACUAUGAAAUUGUCCAUCCGACACCUGCAAUCAAGUAGCAGCUAUGAGGAAUGUGAGCUUUUUCUCCACAGAUAAUCUGGGCUUUAUUGAAACGUCCAACUAUACAUUAAAAAAAGAAAAAAAAACAUGUGACCUGCGUAUAAAAUAGCACACAGCAUUUUGUUACGGUAUAUUAUGUGAUGGUAGAACUACUUUUAAUCUUACUAUAAAUGGCAAUAUUUUACAUAAAUGGAGCACAAAUGCACAUGGUAAUGACAACAAUUUCUAUGAAACAUUGCGAUUCUUUGUAACUAUUGCUUCGCGCUAAUGUAUCGGCCGAAUGAACCGUCUUCUGGAUACGGGAGAUCGGAGAAUAUUAGAUACAAUUCUGGAUCACACAUUGUAAAAUACACAACAUGUGCUUUAGAUGACAAUAUAGCCAAUAAAUUAUUUUUAGAGAAUUUUUUAUAUAUAUAUCUAUAUACUGUAUGGCCGACAUAACUAUAGAAAAAAACAUAACAUAAUUCUUUUUUAAUUCACCGCCAUUAAAUAAAGAAUUAAAUGCAUCAUAAGUAGAGAAAUGCACAAAUAUCAUAAAAGACAAAAUACUAUUUAGCUUGUACUUAAUAUUACAUUCCCUAUUUUGCUUUAUUGGGUUUUUUAUAAUUCCUCACGACACCUUUCUUCAUGUUUUGACAUAAAUAAACAGUGCCUCUAGUGGCAGAUUUCUGUAUCUCUGCUCACUCUUAGUCAAUGGUCGGCUGGCCCAGACUGAGGGCUAACCCAACAUUGUCAGUGAUUCUACAACUCAAAGACUAGAAAAUCCAGGGUUACGAAUAUCUGCACCAUUUAACAUGAAUCUCUUCAUGAUGUUCACGCCCAGGACUGUUUUGCUAACAAUGCUAAUUAUAAUUUUCUGACACAUUAGGGUUAAUAAUCAAUUGCACACAUUUUAGCCGCCAGUGGGAAAAAGAUCAAUUCACACAAGAACAAAACUAUUUAGUGGGCACUGGAAUUCAAACAUGACCUGUCAUGACAUAUAGGUCCUGCUUUAAAUUAAAAUAUUUGGGUUAAAAUAUUACGUUUCAUAGACUUACAGCUCAACAUAUGACCACAGAAGACACCUGGGAGAAUUCUAAAUAUCUGGAUCCAUUCUAAGCUCAUUCUGUAUUUAUUCAAUAAAGCCACUGUUCGUAGGACAUGUUUAUUGGAUUUGUGUGCCAAAUGCGUUUAUUCUCUUAGCCAUGUGGGCAUUCUGCUAAUUCUUCUCUUUCUUCACAAUAAGUAACACGCUACAUGGGCAGAUAGCACUGUACAUUAUUAGGAGCAGUACAGCAAUGGAAACAUUUAAAUUAAACCUCACAUAUUUUUAAGAACUUUGCAGAUUGAAUACAUUUUUAGAUCAGUCUAUCUAUCUAUCUAUCUAUCUAUCUAAUAUGCAUUUUUGGGGCAGAUUCUAAUAAUUCUCCUUUUUCUCCCAUUUGUUUUGCUUUAUGUUCAAAAAGACAAUAGACCCGUCAUAUAUUGUGGACACUGUGACACUUUAUAGAGCACAAAUAUUUCUCUGCGGGUCCCUCUCAUAGUUUCACUUAGAAGGCAUCGGGGCAAGAGAUAUUUUUUUUCUACUGCCUUGUAGAUCCUCAAAAAACAUGUAUGUUACAGGAAGUACAGAGCUUCUAGUCUACUUGUCACAUUGGAAGUUUGAUUACAACAAUCCCCACCCCAUAUAAUGUUAACCCCACCUUAGAGAGGUUUUUUAUUAUAGAGUUAGAAAUGUACCAAAGCACAUCAUAUAAACCAGAAUAUUCCACCUCUCCAAUUCAUCUGUAUUUUUUUUUUAUUUACAUAACAUGGUGCUAGGGUGAGAGAGCUUAGUUCAUGGACAUAAUUCCAAAAAUUAUGUUCCUCAGGGGCGUGCCUUGACAAAGGACAAAGCGAGCAGUGCAGCAUGUGCAGCAUGUGCACUGUGUAGACAUAUAGAACGUUAGCAAUAGAUUUUAUCGUUUAUAUUUUGUGCUUCUUCUAUGGAUAAUUUCUCCCAUGUCCAAAAGACAAGAUAAAUUAGAAGUGCAUCCACAGGGUAGUGUUGCCUUUAUCCUACAUUACAUCAGGACCUCUCACCAAACCUAACCCGUGAUAGUUAGGGAGCUAUUUAUAGACAACAUAAAAAUUUAAAAUGACAAUGUCGAGCUCUCUAUUCUAUAACUUACUAAAAUCCAGUUCAUGCUCCCUUGGCCCAUUGUAUUAUCUCACCACAUGUAAUUGUGACAUUUCCUGCUGAUACUAAAGGUAAGGAAAAAAAAAACAGCACAAGCUAAAAGUUAUUACUAUUUAUAUUAAAAACGCAAAGUAAAAAUAGAUUUAGUAUGUAAAGUGCAUAUGGAUUGACCUGUUUGAUUGGAACGUCUGUUAGAAAUCUAUUUCAAUAUGGGACAAGCACACUUGUACAUAUCACAGUGAAUAUUUAAACUUUAUUAGCAGUGCGGUAACCUGGUUGUUCGAUCAAUAAUCGCAGUAAGAAAAUAACAGGUUGUUCUCUGGUUGUGUACUGUCAUAGUGAGAAAUAUUCUGUAAAAUGUUAGAAGCCAAAUGUUUGUUAAAAAAAAAAAAUAUAUAUAUAUAUCACUCCAAGAAAAUGCUGAAUAUUAUUUUUAUUUUUACUGUUAUUAAUAUUUAAAUGUGUUCCCUGAAUGUAUUGUAUAAUAUAAGGUCUUCCUGUUCAAACGAGCAUUAAGCCUUCUGCUGUGUGGGGGGCAUAUGGCACUUGCAGAGCAAUGUGUUGCCGAUUCCACUGCAAGUGAAGGGGGUAAACAAAAUUCUUUGACCUUUAAAUAUUUAAUAAAAAGAAAAAUAAUUUAAAAAAAAAA